GUCCUCCGUACGUACUUCCGUUGCUCUGACGCUCCCAGAAGCCGGGGCGUCGGGAGGGAGAGCUCGAAUUCCCCUUCCUCUGAGUCUCCCGAGGAGAAAUUGGAGCGGGGUUCGCGAGACUGCGCCGCAGUGGGCGCGGCGCGGAGCCGGGUGCCCUGCGCGAGGGUGUGGGUCCGGCGGGCAGCGGCGCCAGCCUCGGACUAGCGACUCCGGGGAGGGCGGGCUGCCUCCGGGAGGAGUCUGAGCCGCCCCGGGGCGCCUCAGCCAACCCGAGCGCCUUCCUCUGCUGCUUGGCGGGGCGUCCCCGCACCCACACCCGCAGCUCCGGGCUUGUCACUUCUGCGCCGCCUGGAAAGGGGACCAGACCGGGAGCGCUCCGGGGAGUCGUCAAAGAGGAUGCCUGGGUGUUGGCUCUGUUCCUAAGCUGCUUGCCGGCGCUGGCGAGGAAGGCAGUCGGGAUAACACCGCCCAAACUUUCCUUCGCGCAGCGUCGGGAGGAAACCUCCCUCUCUGAGGUUCGCGGAGAGCCAGAAGGAAGACUCGGAGCUCCCGGAGGGGACGGGGCCGAGCCUGCGCAGCAGGGCGCGCUCGGAGUUCCUGGGAGCCCUAGACGUGCCCUAAGGGACAGGACUAGUUGUUGGCGUGCGCCCUAGUCUAAGGGAGGUCCGGCGGACGCAGCGUCUCCACUCCUGCGCCCCUCACUGACCGUGGCCUCUGCGCGCUCCCUGCGCACGUGCUCGCGGCCGGGAACGAGGAAGGUCCGGCGAAACCCGCUGGGGGCAGGGAUUCGCGGACAGGCCCAGGGCGCAUGGAGGCGCCGCGGGGGCGGUGCGGCUCACCAGCUGUGCGGGGGAGCGCGCACGCUGCGCCCAGGCCUCCCCGGGGACCCGACCGGCCGCUCCCCGCACUUCCUGCCGCCGUGCUCCGGGCAGCGGGCGGUCACUCCGAUUGCAGUGCCCGCUGAGUGUCGUGCCUGGCGGUGUCCCUGGACACCCCGCGCGGGGCGGUGUGGGCAAGUGGCGGGACAGGUGUAGCUCGCAGCCGCGGGCGCCGCGUUCCGAAGGACUGGGUGGGCUCGGCUGGAGGGGAGUUGGCUCCCGCGGCCCAGAACUCCGGUCUUUGCCGCGCAGUCCAGUCGGUGCGCUACUUUGCAUCGCCGCGGCCGGAGCCUCGGGCCGCCAGUCGGGGUGAAGGAAGUCCUGGCGGAGCCCCGUUCCUCGGCGGCCGCCCAGGCGCGAUCCUGAUGCCCGCUGCCUGUGGCGGGCCCCGCUCCGGCCCCGGGACCUAGGCAGCUGCGCGCGGCCGCCGCCGGCGCCUCCCCCAUGCUGCUCGGAGCGUCCUGGCUGUGCGCGUCCAAGGCGGCCGCCGCUGCUGCGCAGAGCGAGGGCGACGACGACAGGCCGGGUGAGCGGCGGCGGCGGCGGGCGGCGGCCACGGCCGCGGCGGCGGGCGAGGACAUGGACGAAUCGUCGCUGCUGGACCUGCUGGAGUGCUCGGUGUGCCUGGAGCGGCUGGACACCACGGCCAAGGUGCUGCCGUGUCAGCACACCUUCUGCCGCCGCUGUCUGGAGAGCAUCGUGUGCUCGCGCCACGAGCUGCGCUGCCCUGAGUGCCGCAUCCUGGUCGGCUGCGGCGUGGACGAGCUGCCCGCCAACAUCCUGCUGGUGCGCCUGCUGGACGGCAUUCGCCAGCGGCCCCGCGCUGGUGCCAGCCCCGGCGGAAGCCCGCCAGCGCGCCCCGGCCCCGGUUCAGGGGCGGCCUCCGCGCUCGCGGGUGGAGGGGGCAGCGCGGCGGGCAGCGCCCCGGGCUCCCCGGUGUUUCUCUCUGCCGCGGCGGGCAGCGCCACCGCCAGCCUGCGUGAGCUAGCGACCGGCAGGAGUGCGCCCGUGGCAAAGACUCUUUCCCAGCUUCCCUAUGGGAAAGCUCUCUACAGUUAUGAGGGGAAAGAACCCGGCGACCUCAAGUUCAGCAAGGGCGACAUCAUCAUCCUGCGGCGCAGGGUGGAUGAGCACUGGUACCAUGGGGAGCUGCACGGGGCUCAUGGCUUCCUGCCCGCCAGCUACAUCCAGUGCAUCCGGCCCUUGCCACAGACCCCGCCCCAGGGCAAAGCACUUUAUGAUUUCGAGAUGAAGGACAGAGACCAGGACAAGGACUGUUUGACCUUCACCAAGGAUGAGAUCCUGACUGUCAUCAGAAGAGUGGAUGACAACUGGGCAGAAGGCAUGCUGGGAGACAAGAUUGGGAUCUUCCCCCUGCUGUAUGUGGAGCUCAAUGACUCAGCCAAGCAGCUCAUUGAGAUGGACAAGCCGUGCCCAGCUGCUGCAUCUGGCUGCCAUGCCUCCUUGCCCUCUGACCCUGGCGCGGCAGCCAGUGUGGCCCCAGGACCCACGUUAAGCAGCACUGGGGCAGUCAGUGCCUUUCAGCGGCGUGUGGACAGCAAGAAGAAUGCCAAGAAGCGCCACUCCUUCACUGCGCUCAGUGUGACACACAAGUCCUCCCAGGCCACCAGCCACAGGCACUCCAUGGAAAUUAGUGCUCCGGUCUUGAUCAGCUCCAGCGAUCCCCGGGCUGCAGCCAGGAUUGGUGACCUGGCUCAUCUGUCCUGCAGUGCUCCUGCCCAGGACUCCUCCUCCUCGGCCGGACCCGCCCCAGCGGCUGAACAGCAAGGCACAGCUCCCAAAGUCCAGCUGCCCCUCAACGUGUACUUGGCGCUCUAUGCUUACAAGCCCCAGAAGAACGACGAGCUGGAGCUGCGAAAGGGCGAGAUGUACCGCGUCCUAGAGAAGUGUCAGGAUGGCUGGUUCAAGGGGACAUCCCUGAGGACUGGACUGUCUGGGGUGUUCCCAGGAAACUACGUGACGCCCGUCUCCAGGGCUCCGGUAGGAGGGGCUGGGACACCCCGGAAUAAUGUUGUUGGAGGGUCUCCACUGGCCAAAGGGAUGGCCACAACCAUCCACCCAGGUGGUGGAAGCCUGAGCAGCCCAGCCACUGCCACGAGGCCGGCCCUUCCCCUCACCACACCCCAGGCCCAGCACCAGGCGGCCGCCCCCCCAGUGGGCAGUUGUCUGCGGCACACAGCCCAGCCGGCCACCAGCCAAGCCCGGGGCACCGUCCCCACAGCUGCCCACUCCUCAGCCCAGGCUCAGGACCGACCAACGGCCACCGUGUCACCCCUGCGCACCCAGAACUCCCCGUCCCGCCUGCCCACCGCCAGCCUCAGGCCCCACUCCGUGGUGUCCCCACAGCACAUCCACCAGCCCCAGGUGCAGACGGUCAUCGGGGCCCAGUGCCCCCGGCCGGCCAUCCCGCUUACAUCUGCAGCGUCAGCCGUCACACCUCCCAAUGUCAAUGCUGCCAACCUCAACGGGGAGGCUGGAGGGGGGCCUGUCAGUGGCCUGUCGACAUCCAGCCCCACCAACACAGGAUGCAGACCAGAUGAGAAAAAAAAUGAGAAGCAAACAAGAGUGAGUCCAGGAGACACCCAGAGGGACCCUUUUGAUGAAAGGUACCUUUGAAGGAAGCCCCACUCCCAGAAGAAAUGCAGCAGAUAUGUCCACUUAGCUCUGGCAGCAGAAAUGCACUGGCCUACACCAGCCUGUAUCCAGCUAGGCUCAGGGCUGGGCACAGACGACUCACAGCAUGGGGGUGCUGUUCGUGCUGUGCUCCCAAGUAGGAAGUGAAAUGGACUUUGUGGGCUUAAGUGAGCAUAUGUUCAUAGGUACAGCAGCAAUCGUCAGCAUCAAACCCUGGUAGAGAAAUACUAUAUAUUGUUCUUCCACAUGUCAUGUGUGAUUUUCAUUUCUCACCUCUCAAACAAAGCAAAACAAAAACAAAAACAAAAACAAAAAAACAAAAAAAACACUGGUCUGAAAAAAAAUCCCUUCUGUAUUCCCAGUUGAAUUUCUCCUAUUUUAUAGUAAAGAGCAAAAAUCCACAGUUGUGGUUUCUAGUGGAAGAGCCAAGACAGUGGCUGUUCACUUGAACCUGUCUGGUGUGCUCCAAGCUGGUCAAGUGUGCUGGGGCUAGGGCCUGGCACCCUCGUGCUGCCCCCCCUCUCCCGCCAGGGCCACAACUGAGCAGAUGUCACCAACUUUGAAAACACAACACUUGGCCUCAGGUCUGUUUCUGGGGUAACCCCAUCACAGAUGUGCAUAUGUCUAAUUAUGGUGAAAGGAUUUUUUAAGAGUAAUUUGCAGUAUUCUCCAGGUUGUUUCUGUUAGUGAAUUUUCCUUUGAAAAAGAUGGAGCUCCCAGCCCUGCUGUCCACAGAGACCAUAGCACCUACAUGUUUUCACAGUGCUGAGUUGUUCUGGAAUUCGAUCCAGGCCCUUCCAAGCAUGUGCACAAGAGAGAACACCAUGGCUUAUGGGGCUCCUGGUACCUGAGAUAGGGGCAGGGUGAUUCUCUCCUAGGAACAUGGGAGAUUUAUUCCCAGGUGUCCCCACAUGUAGGGUACAAAGAGGCCCCGAACCUGGCUCGUGUGUGCUGACUGCUGUGCAGAGAUCCCUGGGCAGCUGGCCCUUUGCUAGUUCUACCCUCUGGGAUUGGGCUUCUCAGCCCUGCUGCAGGCAGGCCUUGCACAUCAGCCCUGCUUGGCCUACUGUUGAGUUGAGGCCUCCAGAGAGACUCAAGUGCUGCCAGGGUGGGGACUCUUUCUAUAGACUGGAUCCUGAGCCAGAGUUCCUCUCUGGGCCCAGGGCUUUUGUCACAGUGUGCAUCCUCCAGCCUCUCUCUCAGAGCCUCUUCCUGACCAUCUUCCUGGUAUUAUGGCUUCCUACAGGGGCUGUCCUGUGGCUGGGCUGCCAGAUAACAGCAGCUCCAUCCUCCUGGAGAGCUUCCCACUUCCUCCAGUGGUGCCCAGUCCAGCAGUGUGCCCUUAUGCCACAGCCCUGGAGCCCACAGUGCUAAAGACUGGAGUGCUCCCUGACACUUGCGUCAAACGGUAGACAGAGGACAGGCCUGAGAUGAGGGAAUUCUGAUCUAAGGAUUCAUUCAGAGCUCUGGACAGCACUAGGAACUCUUCCAAGCACCUUGGGCCAUUUGGGCUGACCAGGGAUCUGUUCUGCCAUGGGACAGAUCUACCAGGGAUGGCCCUGCAUGAAGAGUGUCCCCCCUCCAAGAAGACCUGAGAAGGAUAUAUACUGUGAAAUCACAGGGUACCCCAAGAUGGAUGGAUUCCUUCCUAGUCUCCCAGGUUGGAAACAGUAGAGGCAGCCAGGCCAUGGGGGAAACCUUAGGACACAGAGAAGACCCCAAGACAUGAGAAAGACCCUAGCAUAUGGAAGUCAUAAAGGUUACGAUCAUCUGGGGAGUGUCAUUGGAGGUCUUCCCCAUCCAAAGACCUGGGUCUAGUAUUUCUGAAGAAGGGACUGGAUACAACUUGAAGAGUCAUCUUUUGGUGCCCACAGAUCACAGAGUGGAAAGAAAAUCUUGGGAGAAUUUUAAGAAUGAUGUAUAAUAUUUCAGUUAACCCCUUUUCAUUUAAAAAAAAUCCCUUUUUGUGGUUGAAACAACCAUCAAAUAUCACCUAUCAUGUCCAUCCAUGACUGUUUUCUAUUUCUGAGGCCUCAUGAACACUUGGCACCAGAUGAUAUGGAUCAGUUAUCCCUACGGGUUGACUCCGAGGAAAAGUCAUCUAUCUGGAGGCAUAGAGGCACAGUCAGUGACUAGCAGCAAUGAUGUGUUGAGGAAGGAAGUGGAAGAUUUUGGCCCUCCUGAAGCCAUGAAGCUUUCCCUGGCCACCUGGCUAGAAGUCACUCACUCACCCCUCUCUCUUCGGUGUAUUCACCCCUCUCUCUUCGGUGUAUUACAAGGAAGAUUUGUGUGGCCCAGCCAGAGUGCUGGGUCCUGAGGGUCUAUAGCAAAGGAAGAUUCCACCCCAGCCUGAAGGAACACCGAGUCUAGUACCAAGAUGCAGACUGGGAAACAGACAACUGCAAUAGAGUAUGAUAGGUCUGGGGACAGGGAAGCUUCCUGGAGGAGUUCUGCCUGACAGGUAGAAGGACCUUCUAAUCUGAGGGAUGUGGUCCAACGGUGAGGAGCCCAGGAGCAGGUGGGAGAUAGCAAGACAGCUCUGGAAGGGCCUUGAGAUCAGUUAGGCACUGCUCAGCAUAUUGAGGAGUCUGGUAUUAGGCAAGAAGAUAGGGUUUAAGAUUUAAUCAAAGGAGGUUAGCUGUGUUCCUUCCCUUCUCUGGGUUGUGAGCCCCUCAGUCUUUUUCUUCCUACUCAGGUAACUGAAUCCCACUUUGUGACAGCCCCUCUAACUGGUGCCAUAUGUCCAUUUAAUACUAUCCUUGGUGUCAGCGUACCCUUGUGAUCACUGGCUACAGCAGUAUCUUUCAAACCACAUGUUCAAAAGUGACCCACUCAUGAAUCACCAAACCAAUUUAGUGGAUUUGGAUGAACAUUUUUUUAUAUCAAAUAGAAUGCACAGAAUGAAAUAGAAUAGACUAGAUCAGCAUGCAUAGCACACGGUAGGAAUCAGUAUAUUUGGGGGAAAAUGGUGGUUGUUGUGUGCUGAGUCCUGACAUUUCCAAAAAGUCUCAGAGCCCUGAUCAACAGACCCUGAAGAGUACCUUCCUUCUAGAAAGCAUCUGGUGAUAUUUGUAGACUAAAGGGAUAUUUGUAAACUAAAAGUAAUUGGGAAAACUGUUUCCAAUGAGUUUUCAUUCCCAUGACUAUAAGAAAUUCUUUACUUUAUAGGUCAGAAGAAAGUUAACUUUCUGCAUAUGGAUGAAAUAUCUUCAGUUCCACACAGUAAUAGAAUAUUAGAACCAGAAAGAGACUCUGAAGAUCUUUUCAUUAAACUUCUCUUUUUUGAUUAUGCUGCUGAGGCUCAGGGAUGUUGAGAGGCUCACCAGGUGUUACAUGGCAUCAGUAGUGCAGCCAGUCCAAGGACUCCGGUUUCCCGACCCCUGUGUCAGUUCUGCCAGGCUCUGUUGUGCUGACUUGUGGUGGUCUCUCCAGUUUCAUGAGGCCGAGGCCUCGGGUGGUUUGGGCUUGUCCAGGAGUCCCACAGUGAGAGGACAGGGGUAGCUAUGGGAGGAGGCUGUAGGGUCUGCCCAGGAGAGGGGAGUGUGAGGCUCUGCCUUGUUUUCCACACUGGACUCAACUGCAGCCAGAGCCCAUGUGACAGUGAACCACUUGGUCAAAUCCACAUGGAUAGCAUGACCUUUCUAAUUAAGGCUUUGGGGAGCUGGUCUGAAAGGAACAGCAAAUCUGACAGGAUGACCGAUAACAGCAGCAGCUAGUCCUGGCCAGUAGCAGAGCCAGUAUGGGAAGUGUGUUGCAGAUGAACUUUGAACUUGUUCUUUAUUAUCUAUAUCCCACUCAUUUAAAAGCAUAUAUAUAUACACAUAUAUGUAUAUAUAUGUAUAUAUAUAUGUGUAUAUAUAUAUGUAUGUAUAUAUGUAUAUAUCUAUAUGCUGAUAAUAAGACAUAUAUUACAUAGGGUUACAAUUAUAUUUUCAAUGAAAACCCAGGAAUAUGAAAUAUAAAGGAAAUCUUGAGGGUGAAGCUCUUUAGAACAACCAGGCAGUUUUUUCUAAAUUGAAGAAUCACUGGUUUAUGAAUCACUUUCUCUCCAUUAGGCUCACUGCAGUAAGCAAGCCUUUACUUGUACUGUUUCUAAAAUGCAGACUGGAAGGGGGGCUGCUGUAAUCUCCAUAACCAACAUAUCAGUUGCUGCCAGUGUGUUUUCAAUUUUGAGAUAGGCAGAGGCUCUCCUGCUGUCACACACUAGCUGCAUGGGCCCCAGCAACCAAGCCAGUGGUGAGGAGGUGUCCUGCUGCGUCAGUUGACACUUAUCAGAGGUGGGGGUGGGGGGCUGACCUCACCAGAUCUGAAUUGCACUGUAGGCCUGGUUCUCCCACUGAUAGGGAAAGAGUAGCACCUGGCUUGCUUACAAGUCAGGCCCCAAUAUGCAGAGACCCUCGGAGCAGUGCUGUGUCUCAGGUGUGGCCACAGGGGAAGAGGGUGACUCAUGAAGCAUGGCUGGGCCCACAGACCCAUGUGGCACAUCAUCGUGGGCUUUGGGGACCUUGGCUGCCUCAAAAAUGAGUCACUGAUGAGUCUGGUGGUCAGUUGUCGGCUCUGGGCUAUGGAAACCCACUUCCUUCUAGGGACUCUCAUGCUGGGCAGCUCUGAUCACCCUUGCACUGGCAUUGGCACUCUGGCUGGGCAGGGAGUCCCUUUCUGACUGCUGUGGGCAACUAGAGCCCCAACAACUUCAGACCUUCUCCUCUUUUCCCUGGGGUUUGGCUGCCUUCUGUGAGAUGAGGAAAGCUGGCAUGUAGCUUAUGAGUAAUCUUUAGGCUGAAAAUGAACGCAUCCUGAAAGCAUGAACCCCAGCUGUCAAAACACUCUGAAGUUUUACAAGAAACUUAUUUUUGGAAGAGGGCAUGCUGCUAGAGUGUCACUUCCCUGAUGACAAGGGCAACUUGACAAGAUGACAACUUCUUCCUCAUGUGCAUCAGGGCACAGGCCCCCAGGUGGGACAGGACAGUGGCCUCACCCUGGUCUUGGAGAGCUCAGAGGAAGCCUGAGGCCUUCUUGGGGGUUGGCUGUCUCCCAGGAAGGCACCACAGGGCCAGGCCAUUCCCCCAACUUUCCCAUAGAAACCCCCAGCUUUUGUUCUGAGGUGAGACUCAAUCCAGUGCACUUCCAGGUGUCUUCUUAGUGGGGCACUGGGGACCCUUGCAGGGCACAGAUGUGGACAUGGAAGUCCAGGUAGCCAGGUGGCCUGCACAAGGCCAUGCAGCUCAUCAUCAGUGGGAAUAAAGCCAGCCCCUUGGUGUUCAGGAGAGGGCCACUUCCUCUCCUCUGCCUCUAUUGGACAGCUUCUCCUAUUGGGACCCCAGGGUAUGUGGGCAUGAAAGAAUGCACAGACUGAUUAAUGAGCACAGAGGGUGUGCCUGGGGCACAGCUGUCAAGUGUGACUCAGGGCCCUUCUAUGUAUCAAUCAUGUGACCUUGAGCAAGUUCCCUCACCUUUCUGUGCCUCCAUUUCCUCAUCUGUAAAAUGAGGAUGAUACCUCAUUUUACCACCCUGACUUUUGGGGAGGAGUAAAUUAGUUAAUUUCACAAAUGCUCAGCCUAGUAUUUGGAAUAAAAAUAUUGGAAAUGAUUAGUAAGAAUUUGGUAUAAUUGAAGGUCAGAUUCCGUAAGAAUUAUGAGAUAGAUAUAGAUGUAAAACUUGUAUCCCUGACGCUUCUGAUAAAAGAUGAAAAGGGCAUUUGAUUUUGCAGUUUUAGAAAAAAAGACACUUAACAUUGCCAAAUGGAGAGAUGUAGGCUGCUCCAAAAUGAACCUCAAUUGAUUGGUGUAAUCUAUUAGUAAAAUGGUAAUUAUUCAUCUCCUCAGCCACUGGAGGUUCCAUUUUCUGGUUUAUUUUUCCUGUGACCACUGAGAAACAUAGAUAUAAAGGGUUUUCUUAGGUGUCAAUUUUGUACCUGACAUUUAACCUAAACAAUGUCAACUGCAAAGCAUGAAACCAAAAUUCGUUUUUAAAAUUGUAAUAAACUAGCAAUGGAAAAGAAUUUGUGAUUACCAGUAAUAGCCACGGGGGUUCUGUCAUUCUCCCCAGAGGGCAAAGUUCACCAUAACUCAUUAAGAUUGUUGGGGGAUUUUACACUCUAGUGGCACAUGAUGUAGCCCUCCCAGACACAAAGAGAUGACUGUGGCAGCAAGGUCAGCGAUGUAGAUUGUAGGCGUGCAAGUGGCCGAGAGCCAUGGAAUGCACUUGAUUCCCAUAGCAAGUUUGUAUUCUACCGUGCAAAAUUCUACCAUUAUUAUCGCCUCCCUUUUCAUGACAUAUCUUCAUAUUGCUCAUAAAGACAAGGUGUUUUUUUCAUAGUCUUCCCUGCCUAGGGAAAAACUCAGCUGAUGGAAUCAGUUAAAAAGUAAAACAUAUACACAUACUCCAUAAACCACACCAGAAGGUAGUGCUUGCAGAGUAGAUGCAAUAGGAUGCCCUUCCCAGAAGGCAGACAGUGUCAGCUUGAUGGGGCAUCUCUAAUAUUCUAGAGAACUUGUGAGUGCUUUUCCAUCUUGUCACAUAACUGAGAGCAAUGAUGAGAAAGAACAGAGUGUUGGUGUCACCAUUUUGUUUGCUGUGAUUUUAUUUUGUUUUGUUGGUGCUCCCACACAGGCAGUGGUGGUAGAGGCAAGGGAAUUGUGCCAUCACUUCCAGAUAAGACAACUUUAUACCAUUUUUUCCCUCUGGGGUAAAGUGACUCUUGGGGCAGACUUGAUUUUUGUUUACCUGGUGUUUUUUGUGCUUAUUUCCAGGCCAUAUCUUAAUAAAUUACAAGACACAUCUGCAUAUAGCAUGAGAAUGAAGUUCAUUAAUCUUUUUAGAAGAUUCACAGUCUUUCUGUCCAUCUCAAGCAGACCUAAUGGGUCAACUUAAUGAAAACGUUACUGCUUUCUGAUCUCUUUGUAAUACCAGCAGUAAUGGCUAGAUUACUGGCUUGCAUCAACUGCCUUCAGACUCUUAGUUCUCUCCUUCACUUUGUAUCACCCUAGACAAAUCCCUUAGACUUCAGUUUGCUUAAUAUUAAGAUGUGAAUAAUAUCUUCUGCUAUUAAAAUAUUAAUUAUUGGUUUGUAUCAGUCAGAAUUCCCUAGAGGAAUAGAACCAAUAUGAAAUAUAGCUAUAAAUAUUUGUUUUAGUAAUUGGCUCACAUGUUGAAUGUGGAGGCUGGCAAGCCCACCUGUGGGGAAUGCCACAGGCUGAAAACUCAGGCAAGAGUUGAUGCUGUAGUCUUGAGGCAUAAAUUUUUCUUCCCUAGGAAGCCUCAGACUACUCUUAAGGCCUUCAGUGGAUUACAAGAGGCCCACCCAUAUAUCCAGGCACAUAGUCUAAUUAAUUUCUUUUACUUAAAGUCAACUGGUGGUCACAUCUACAACAUAUUUUCACAGCAACAUAUGGACUAGUGCUUGACUAAACCACUGGGCAAUGUAGCCAACCAAGUUGACACUUAGAACUAACCGUUACAAUUCACCCUCCCUCAACUUGGCACUUGUAGCCAUCUCUGUAAACCAUACUUAGUAUCCAAAUAAAUACAACAGUGAAGUUAUGCUUCUGCCUAAUAUGAUACAUCUAUCCUGUAUACAACUGAAAAUGCACUAGCCCUUACCCCAGAGGAGGAUGUAAAGUCCUUAGGCAAUGUUCACUUUUCUCCUUGAUAUCCUGUAACUUAAAUACUGUGAUAUAAAGUUAAAAAUAUUUGAAUACUAUAAUAUGAAGUCAGUACAACUUAUAUGAUACGGGUAUAAGAGAGGGAAGAAAAAGAUUAUACACACACACACACACACACACAAACAUAUUCAAAACAAAACAGAGAAAAUGCUCAUGACUAUUACAGUCAUUGUUUCUGUAACUGGUCAUAUCUGGUAUUUAUAACUACCUUCUUCCAUGAUGCACCCCAUAUUCCCUUUGUCUUCAGCAAGCACCUCAGAAAGUUGUCAUUCCUUAUCUGUAGGGUGACCCAGAUAUUCAUUCCUGAAGGGUCUGGGCCCUUAGCAGUACUGACUGAACUGGGUUGUUGUAGCUUUCCAUUGACCAUAGUCACAGGACAUUGUAAUACUAAGAGACACACCUCUAUUGUGCAGUACAGCCCAGUUUUCCCUAAACUAAACCCUACAUCUGACUGAAAUAGUUACAGUAAGGACCAGUCACUGAAGCCAGUAAAAUAACUACUUUCUUUGCCUGUUUAUUCAGUCAUGAGGAGUCCAAAAUGGUCAAAUGGGAGUCUUAACUUCCAGUUCAAUAGGAUUGUUGUUGUGCCUCGUGAUGGAAGCACUCCUACCUUAGAAUCUAAGACCUCUAGGCCCACACAGCAUAGAGGGGGGACAAAAAUAGAAACUUUUGCUAGUGGGCCUCCAGGUGUAACAGCGUAUGGUGCCAUUCCUAUUUCCACCCUCCUGAUUCCCGGCUAUAGGAGAAACAGCACCAUCAAUUGGGUGCUGACUUGGAGCACAUACAGCCUCCUGGAGAACCUUGCCCCCAAACCUGCAAGGUAUUGCCACUCGCUGGUAUUGUAACUGGAUCUUCAGAAGGCCAUUCUGUCAAGCCAACUUCUUUAAGAUAGGAACAAAGUGAGACCAGUGAAUUCCAUGAGUCUGGACCUGUUGCCACACUUCCUUUGUUGUGAAGUGAGUUCCUUGAUCAGAAGCAAUUGCUGUGUGGAAUAUGACAAUGACGGAUAAGCCAUUCUGAAAUCCACAGAUAGUAGUUUGGGCAGAAUUGCAUGCAGGGAAGGCAAGUCCAUAUUCAGAAUAAGUGUUUCAGUAGGAACAAAAUGCUGCCCAUCUCAUGAUGGAAGGAGACCAGUAUCGUAACCCUGUAACCAGUAUCGUAACCAGGUAGCUGGUUGUUCACUCCAGAGAAUGGUUCCAUAUCAGGAGCUCAGUGCUGAUCUCUACUGCUGGCAGAAUGGGCAUUUGCAGUGCCUAUAACCAAGUUGUCCCUGAUGAGUGGAAGUCCACAAUACUGGACCCAUACAUGACCUCCACCCUAUAACAAUAGUCACUUGACAGGGCUGGCUAGGGAAAGAGGAUGACUGGUAUCCAGAGAAUGGGUCAUUAAAAUCCUCCUCUGCUGAGGUCAGCCUUUGGUGAACAUUCACACAGGACACACAUUCUUUUCACAUUUUUGCCCAUUCAUAGAGCUCUAUCCAUUUACCACUUUCCCAGAUCCCCUUGUCACCAAUUUUCUAAUCAUGUUUCUUCUAAGUCAUCACCAUCCAGCCAAACCAUUAACUAUAGCCUAUGAAUCACUACACAGUAACACCUCUAGCUAUCUCUCCUUCCAAGCAAAAUGAGCAAUUGGAUGCACUGCUCAAAAUUCUGCCCACUGGAAGGAUUUCUCUUCACCACUGUCCUUCAAGGAUGCCCCAUAAAGGGGCUACAGCACACAACUGUCCACACUUACAUGGAGCCUGCAUAUCUUACAGAACUGAGUCUUCUCUUCCUCUGUCGACUGAUCAUAGGAACUCCCUGUGAGGCCACAGGUGCAGGCUGGGAGAGAGAAGACCAUGUAGCAGGAGCCGGACCAUGGGUAUUGGAGCCACUUCAUGUAACUUACUCGUGCCUAAGGGCCUGCUUGGGCUUGUUCAUGUAUAUACCACCUCCAUCUGAUGAUGGAGUGCUGCUGUGCACACCCAGCUUUAUAAUUUGGUGAGUCAGGUAACACCCAAUUCCUGAUGGGCAGCUCAGGCCACGCGAUAACUUGGCGGCUCAGGGUUAAGUGUUCAGUCUCUACUAAGACACAAUAACAGGCCAAGAGUUGUUUCUCAAGAUGAGUAGUUAUUUGAAGAGCUUGGCAAGGCUUCACUCCAAAAUCCUAAGGGCUGUAUUUCACCUGUAGGAGCCCAUCAGAUGCUCUGCACAGCAUCCCUCUCUGCCACUGCCACUCCAAGCACCAUUGGAUCUGCUGGAUCACAUGGCCCAAGUGGCAGAGCAGCUUGCACAGUAGUCUGGACCUGCUGUAGAGCCUUCUCUUGUUCUGGACCCCACUCAAAAAUAGCAGCUUUGUCAGAUCACACAGUAAAUGGGCUGGAGUAGCACACCUAAGUGGGGAAUAUGCUGCCAACAAAUCCAAAGAGGCAUCCUAAGCACUGAGACUCUUGGUUGUGGGAAGGGCUAGGUGCAACAACUUAUCCUUUACCUUAGAAGGGUUUCUCAACAUGCCCUGCACUAUUGGGCCCCUAGUAGUUUCACUGAAGUAGAAGGCCACUGAAUUUUUGUUGGAUUUAUUUCACACCAUGUGACAUGCAAACAUCUUGCCAAUAUGUCUAAUAUCCAAUAAGCCUAGUGCUCAAUAGUUCCAAUCAGCAUAAUAUCACCAAUGUAAUUGAUCCAUUUGAUAUCUUGUGAAACAGAAAGGUGAUUAAUUAUGACAUAGAGUUGGAGAGCUGAUGUACCCCAGAGGUAGGACAGUGAAGGUGUAUUGCCAGCCUUGCCCACUGAAAGCAAAAGUGCUGGUGGUCUCUAUGAACAGAUAUGGAGGAAAAAGCAUUGGCAUGGUCAAUAGCUGCAUACCAGGUACCAGCAAUGCAUUAAUAUGCUCAGGCAAGGAGACCACAUCUGGUACAGCAGCUGCAAUUAGAGUUAAUACCUGAUUGAACUUAACAAAAAUCCAUGUCAUUCUCCAAGCUCCAUCUGUCUUCAGCACAGGCCAAAUAGGAGAGUUGAAUGGGGAUGUAGUGGGACUGCAUCCCUCCGGUCCUUGAUGGUGACAUUAAUCUCUGCAGUGUCUCCAGGAAUGUGGUAUUGCUCCAGGUUUACUCUUUUCCUGGGUGGAGGCAGUUCUAGGGGCUUCCACUUGGCCUUUCCCACCAUAAUAGCCCUCACUCUACAGGUCAGGAACAAACAUGUGGAUGUAUUCUGCCAGCCGCUGAGUAUGUGUAUUUCUAUUAUGCACUCCAGAACUGGGGAAAUAACCACAGGACAGGUUUGAGGACCCACUGGACUCAUUAUAAGACAGACUUGAGCUAAAACUCCAUCGAUCACCAGACCUCCAUAAGCCCCUACUCUGACUGGGGGACCACAGUGAUACUUGGGGUCUCCUGGAGCCAAUGUCUGUUCAGAGCCAGUGUCUAAUAGUCCCUAACAGGUCUGAUUGUCUCCUUUUCCCCAGUGCAUGAUUAUCCUGGUGAAAAGGUCCUUUCGGGGAGAUCUGGGAGAAAGAGUCACAGCAUAGUGGGGUUCUUCCUCAAGAAGACCCAACUUGCCCUUCAUUGAAGGAGUUCUGGGUCUCCAAACCCUCAGUCUGGGAAUUGAUAGAGAAGUCAUGACUCUAGUUAAACUUCAGAACACUUCUGUUUAUACAGCUCAAGUCAGGAUUUAGUAGAUUUUCCUGCUCCUCCUCUGCUGGGGCUACUGCCAUCCAUGAUCUUGCCACAGGUCUGUGCAAGUCAGACUAUUCUGACUGAUGAUUGGACUCCACCAUCCAUCAUGGCAACAAUGGCCAUCUUGUUUUUGUCAGUUAAGUGCUGCCACAUGGCUUCUGCCCACUCAGGAUCCAUGUCAUCCCAUUGAUCAGGCUUCCUAAUUCUGUGCCAUACUUCUCACUGUAAGGUUUGGUCAAUGUGGAAGAGUGGCCAGAGUUCUUCGAGGAUCCUGAAGCUUUUAUCACAAAUAUGUUCCUCACAGUGGGUGUGGAAGGUGUGUCAUCCUGGGAUGGGUGAGCAGGUCUUACAUGACAAAUCCACUCAACACUCCAGUCUCCUUAAACUUUUAGGUACCUUUCUCUACAUUAUAUUAAGGCAGGAGGCAUUUCAACCUAAUUUACUGUUUGCCAUCUUUUGGCCCAUGUUUCAGCCAGCCAACCAAACUGUUAGAGCCCUUUCUAAUGCCAUGGGCUACAAUAUUAAGUCCAGAACUUCUGUUCAGUUGUCCCACAUGAAUAAAUUCAGCAUUAAUUUUAUGUUUCUUUCACCAUUAUCCUACACCCUUAAUAUGAAUCCCCACACAUAUUCCUCAGAUUUAUUUCUGGAUAAAUUGUAAAAGUCAUGCAGUUCUGUCAGAGUGUAGCAUACUUCCUCAUUGAUCAAACUUAGCACCUCACUCUUUGGGGCCUUCUCAGACUUGAGUGUCGUUAUAAGUCUAGAAGUAAAGAGAGGUGGUAGAGGUGGGUUCUGAGGAUCAGCAGUGUCUUCUUGCAAGGCAACUGCCUCAGGGGAAGCUGUAAUGGGCUCCUCAGUGAAAGGAAGGUUAACCUCCUCAGGACUAGAAGGGCUCUUCUACUGGCAGAGAAGACUUGGAAGAAUUUAGGGGUUCAGUGUCCCAAGCUUUAUCAGAAUCUAACCAUGUGUUCCUGUUCCAAUUUUCAGGAUCCCAUUCCUUUCCAUUCAAUGUCCUCACUUUAACAAUGGACAUACUGUAAAGUUGGGCAUUCAAUCUGCACAGUAAUUCAGUCACUCACAGGAUGAAACUCUGGGGCUACAGAAAUCUCAGCUCUGGGGCUACAGGGGAUCAGGGUUCCUUUCAGGGCAGACAUAGAAACUGUCAGGUUAUCUAUGUGUCGCUUGACCUAGGAAUUUGAAAUCCUAGACUCAUUUGUCCAGCCAGUUAAGAGCAGUUAAGAGCAAGGCCAGUUAAGAGUAAUUGGCCAAUCGUAUUAAACUCAUGAGUUUGACAACAAUUUUCUAAGGUAUCAUAUACAUUAUCACCCAGAACCUUGCCUUUUAAAAGUAUUUGUUAGGAGUGUCCAAUGGUGAUAUUUUGUGUAUCUCUGUUGGCACAUCAUACCAUGGAUGGUCGGUCACUAUCCUCUUUACCGCUGAAAUAGAGUCAUAGGGCUUUGAAUAUGUCAGCUUAAAGAACCAAUUCUAGAAAACACAGAACUAACUCAGAAAAGUCAUAUUUAAGAUUCUAUUCCUCUAACACCACUCUCGGUACCAAAAUCUCUGUCAUUCAGGGUUCUCCAGAGAAUUAGAACCAAAGGAGUUGGCUCGUGAUUGUGGGAACUGGCAUGUCUGCAAUCUUUUGAACAGGCCAACAGACUGUAAGUUUGGGAAGAGCUUCAGCCUUGAGGCAGAAUUUCUUCCUCCCCAGAAAACCUCAGUUUUUUCUCUUAAAAGCCCUCAGCUGAAUGGAUGAGGCCCAUCUACAUUAUGGAGAGUAACCUCCUUCAUUUAGAGUCAAAUGAUUGUAAAUGUUAACCCCAUUCACAAAUACUUUCAUGGCUACAUUGUGUUAGCAUUUUACCUAACAGCUAUUUACACUAGAGUCUAGCCAAGUUGACACCCGAAGUAUCCAUAACUGUUAAUAUCAGUGGAAAACUAUUAACUGAUUAGGUGAACCAUUACUAAAAAUGUCCAAGGAUAGUAUUAUUUAAAUAAAAGUAUGAAAGAUGUUGCCAAGGCUGGUGCUUUAUUUUCCAAGAUUUCACAAUGAAUAUGUUGAUAACAGCUAUUUCUUAUUUAUAGCUCUACACAGAGUCAUCACUGAGUGAUUUGGGAACUAGGGCUUAAACUUAUUAUGUGAAGCUACAAGUAAAGUAAAAUGCAUCCUGUGGGGGCAGGGAGAUAUAAAUCACUUCAGAUUUCUGAUUAUUGUGUAACUUGGUAACAAAUCUAUACUUAGGAAGCAAUGGGGAGGAAGCCAUAAAUUUCCCAGGGCUUACAGAAAAGGAUGGUGUCACUAUUGGUUUCCACGGCAAUCAAGCUGUUUAAACCACUCAGUACCUUAGAGAGACACUGCUUCAAAUAUUUAUAUUAGGAAAAUACAAAGAUCAUUAACAAGGAUGCCCAAAGGGUUACUUGAGAGAUGCAAGAAAAUUGUCCAUUUCUCAGCCUAGACAGCUUCUUGUUCCCAGAUUGGGGCCCCUGGGCUCCCUCAGCACUCUCUGAUUCCCUGAGCUGGGCUUUCAGGAUUCUCAGAGCUGGAGGUGAACAUAGAUAAGGCAGGAAGUGAACAUUCACAGUCUUCUCUCAGGAAAAGAAACCUGUAUAAAGUGCUCCUGGAAAGAGGUCACUAAGAGCAGAUACAGACAGCCUUGUGUAGAAGUGCCCCAGGUUCACAGACUUAGCACUAGAAGGGAGCUUAUGUGUCAUCUGAGUUAAAAGGACCCACCAGCCCUAACUAACCCAGCAAUCCUAUCUGCAAAUUACUUAAGAGGGAUCACUCGGGUUCUGCUAAAACACCUCUAGGAACAGGGUACUUACUGUUGAAGGAAGAAACCUGUUCUAUGACUGAACUGACCUGUUGCUAAAAACCCCAUCUUCUUGUUGAGUCACAAUCUACAGAGUCCAAACACUUUGCAGAUAUAAAUACACAAUAUAUGCACAUGCAUACACACAUUCACAUGCAUGUAAAUAUACACACAUAUAUGGACACCUACAUGCACACAGAUAUGUACACAUGCACACACACAAACACACUAACACACAUGCACACACAGUUACACAUGUGCACAUGUGUGCACAUGCACACACUUGUACAUGCAGUAACAUAAACAUACAUACAUAUAUAUGCACUCACAUACAUAAAUACACAUCUUGUGGAGCUGAUCCAUGGGUGUAGUUCUGCCACCUCACAGUCCAUUUCCUCUUCUAAAAAUAGCCCCUCUGGUAUUAUAAGUCACCCUCCCAAAUAUUUUUUUUAAUAGACUUUAUUUUGUACAUCUGUUUUAGGUUCACAGCAAAAUUGAACAGGUGGUACAAAUAUUUCCCAUUACACCCAUGUACAUCCUCAAUUAUCAAUACCCUCCCCAGAUGGUCCCUUUGUUACAACUGUUGAAUCUAGAUGGACACAUCAUAAUCACCCAAAGUCCAUAGUUUACGCUAAGUUUUGCUCUUGGUGCUGUACAUUCUUUGGGUCUAGACAAAUGUAUAGACAUGUAUCUACCAUACAGAAUAGUUUCACUGCCCUAAAAAUCCUCUGUGCUCCACCUACUCAUCCCUCCUCCCCCAAGCCAUGGCAACCACUCAUUCUUCUACUGUCUCCAUGGUUUUGCUUUUUUCAGAAUGUCAUAUAGUUGGAAUCAUAUACUAUGUGACAUUUUUCAGACUGGCUUCUUUCACUUAGUAAUAUACAUUUAAGGUUCCUCUGUGUCUUACUAUGGCUUGAUAGCUCAUUUUAGAAUAAGAUUUCAUUGUAUGGUUGUACCACAGUUUUUUAUCCAUUCACCUACUGAGGGAUUCUUGAUUGCUUCCAAGUUUUGGCAAUUACAAAUGAAGCUGCUGUAAACACCAUGUGCAGGUUUGGUGUGGACAUAAGUUUUCAACUCAUUUGGGUAAAUACCAAGGGGUGUGAUUGCUGGAUCAUAUGGUAAGAACAUGUUUAGUUUUGUAAACUGUCAAAACUAUCUUUCAGAGUGGCUGUGCCAUUAUAUAUACAUACCACAUCUUCUGUAUCCAUUCAUCCUUCAGUGGACACUUGGGCUGCUUCCAUAAUUUGGCUAUUGUAAAUAAUGUGCUGAAUGAUGUAUAGAAUUAUUGAAUCACUAUUUUUACACCUGAAACUCAUAUAACACUAUGUUAACUAUACUGGAAUUAAAAUUAAAAACUUAAUAAAAUUAAAAACAGAAAACAUAAACAAAGCAGACUGAACCAUUUUACAUUCCCACCAAGCCAUAAGUGAGAGUUUCUGUUGCUCCACAUUCUCACCAUCACCUGGUGUCAUCAGUGUUUUGGAUUUUCACCAUUAUAAUAGGUGUGUAGUGGUAUCCUCUUAUCAUUUUAAUUUACAAUACCAUGAUAACUUAGGAUGUUGAACAUAUCUUCAUAUGUUUAUUUGACUUCUGUAUAUUUUCUUUGGUGAAGUGGCCAGAUCUUUUGCCCACUUUUUAAUCAGGUUACUUGUUUUCUUACUGUUGAGUUUUAAGUGUUCUUUGUAUAUUUUAGAUAACAGCCCUUUAUCAUAUUUGUCUUUUUCAAAUAUUUUCAUCCAGUUUGCGGCUUGUCUUCUCUUUCUCUUCAGUGUCUUUUGCAGAGCAGAAGUUUUUAAUUUUAAUGAAAUUCAACUUCUCAAUUAUUUCUUGCGUGAAUCAUGCGUUGAGUGUUGUAUCAAAAAAGUCAUCACCAAACUGAAGGUCAUCUUGAUUCUCUCUUAUGUUAUCUUCUAGUUGUGUAGUUUUGUCCUUCACAUGUAAGUCUGUAAUCCAUUUUGAGUUAAUUUUUCUGAAGAGCAUAAUGCUUUGUCUGGAUUAUUAUUUUUUUUCUGGCACAUGGAUGUCCAGUUGUUCCAGCACCAUCAGUUGAAAAGACCAUCUUUUCUCCAUUGUACUACAUUUGUUACUUUGUCAGAGGUCAGUGGGCUAUAUUUAUAUGGGUCUAUUUUGGGGCUCUGUAUUCUGUUCCACUGAUAUAUUUGUCUGUUCUCUUGCCAACAAUUUAUCUUGAUUACUGUAGCUUUACAGUAAGUCUUGACAUUGGUAGUAUCGGUCCUCCAACAAUUUUCUUCUUCAAUAUUGUGUUGGAUAUUCUGGAUCUUUUGCUUCUUUAUAUAAACUUUAGAAUAUGUCAAUAUGCACAAAAUAACUUUCUGGAAUACUGGUCAGGACUGUGUUGAAUCUAUAUGUGAAGUUGGGAAGAAUUGACAUCUUGGCAAUACUGAGUUUUCCUAUUUGUGAACAUGGAUAUAUCUCCAAUUAUUUAGUUCUUUGAUUUCAUUCAUCAGAAUUUUGUAGACCUUGUACAUAUUUUGUUAGAUUUAUACCUAGGUAUUUCAUUUUGGGAGGUGCUACUGUAAAUGUAUGGUGCUUUUAAUUUAAAAUUUCAGUUGUUCAGUGCUGGUAUAUAGGAAAGGAAUUAACUUAGGAUCCUGCAAACCUGCAUCUUAGUUCCAGGAGUUUUUCUGUCAAUUCUUUCAAUUUUUCUAUGUAGAUAAUCAUGUCAUCAGUGAACAAUACAGUUUUAUUAACUUCCUUCUCAAUCUGUAUACCUCCCAUUUCCUGGUCUCAUCUUACUGCAUUAGCUUGGACUUCCAGUUUGAUGUGGAAGAAGAGUGGUAAGAGAAGACACCCUUCCAUUCUCACUUUGUUCCUGAUCUCAGCAGAAACGCUUAUAGUUUCUCAGCAUAUAAUGCUAACAUUGUACUUACAGCUAACAGGUAAGGUACUUUGGUAAAUGUGCUUUUUUCAGGUUGAAUAAAUUCCCCUCUAUUCCUAGUUUUCUAAGAGUUUUAAUCCUGAUAGGUAUUAGAUUUUGUCAAAUGUUUUUUUUCUGCAUCUAUCGAUAUGAUCAUGUGAUUUUUUUCUCUUUAACCUGUUGAUGUGAUGGAUUGCAUUAAUUGAUUUUUUUAAGUUUAUUUAUUUAUUUUGAGACAGAGAGAGAGAGAGAACAAACCAGCGGGGGAGGGUCAGAGAUAGAGGGGAACAGAGGAUCUGAAGCAGGCUCUGUGCUGACAGCAGAGAGCCUGAUGCAGGGCUCAAACUCCAGAGCCGCAAGACCAUGACACGAGCUGAAGUCAGACACUUAACCCACUGAGCCACCCAGCAUCCUGCAUUAACUGAUUUUUUAAUGUUGAGCCAGCCUUGCAUACCUGGGAUAAAUCCCACUUGGUCAUGGUAUAUAAUUCUUUUUAUACCUUGUUAUAUUCUAUUGACUAAUAUUUUGUUGAGAAUUUUUACAUUAAUGAUCAUCAGAAAUAUUGGCCUAUAGUUUUCUUGUAUAUUUUUAAAUCUAGUUUUGUUAUUUGGAUAAUGCUGGUCUUGAAGAAUGUGAAAAUAUCCCCUUGGGAAAUAUCCCCUCUGCUUCUAUCUUCUGGAAGAAAUGGUAGUGAAUUGAUAUAGUGCUUCCUUAAAUGUUUGGCUGAAUUCACCAAUGAGCCCAUCUGGGCUGGUGCUUUCUGUUUUGGAAGGUUACCAAUGAAUGAUUCAAUCACUUUAAUAGGUGUAGGCCUAUUCAGAUUGUCUGUUUCUUCUUGGGUAAGUUUUAGCAUAUUGUGUCUUUUAAGGAGUUGGUUCAUCUCUUGUAAGCAUAAAAGGAUUCAUAAUAUUUCCUUAUUACUUUGUAAUGUCCACAGGAUCUGUAGUGAUGUCCCCUUUUUCAUUUCUGACAUUAGUAUUUUGUGUCUUCUCUUCUUUUCUUAGUUUGCUCAGCCAGGGGCUUAUCAAUUUCCUAUUUUCAAUUUCACUGAUUUCUGCUCUAUAUUUUUUUAAUUUCUUUUCUUCUGCUUACUUUGAAUUCAAUUUGUUCUUCUUUUUCUAGUUUCCUAAGGUAGAAGCUUAGAUUAUUGAUUUUAUUUUCAAUUUUUAUUUUAUUUAUUUUUAUUUCUUGAGAGAGCCUGAGCACACUUGCAUGUGUGCAAGCAGGUGACGGAAAGAGGAAGAUGGAGGGAGAGAACCUCCGUGCUGAGCACGGAGCCCAACACAGGGUUUGAUCUCCUGAAAAUGAGAUCAUGACCUGAGCCAAAAUCAAGAGUCAGAUGUUUAAAUGACUGAGCCACCUAGGUGCACCUAGAUUUUAGAUCUUCUUUUCUAAUAUGUGCAAUCAAUGCUAUAAAUUUCCCUCUAAGCCCUGCUGUCACUAAAUCCCACAAAUUUUGAUAAGUUAUAAUUUAAUUUUCAUUUAAUGAAAAUAUUUUUAAAUUUCUCUUGAGAUUUCUUUGACCUGUGUUUUGUUUAGAAGUGAGUUGCUUAAUCUCCAAGUAUUUGGGGAUUUUCCAGUUAUCUUUCUGUUAUUAAUUUCUACUUUAAUUUCAUUGUGGUCUGAGAGCAGACAUUGUAUGAUUUUUAUUUUAAGUUCGUUCAGGUGUGUUUUAGAGCCCAGAAUGUGAUCUGUUUUCGUGAAUGUUCCAUGUGAGCUUAAAAGGAAUGUAUAUUCUGCUGUUGUUGGAUGAAGUAGUCUAUAGAUAUCCAUUAGAUCCAGUUGAUGGAUGAUGGUGUUGAAUUCAACUGUGUCCUUACUGAUUUUCUGCAUGCUGGGUCUGUCAGUUACUGAUAGGGGUGUACGGAAGUUUCUAACUAAAGACUGUUCAAAAUCUAGAUUAAACAAAUACGGAUCACAAAACGAUCCUAACGCAGUGGGCCUCGCAACACCCUAGACAUUUAUUUAUCCCAGAAUUGUUUCAUGAGUACUAUGUCUCAGGUGUGUUUCUGGGCAUCAGGACCCAGUGGUGAACAAGGCAAGCAAGGUCAUUGCCCUUCUGGAGUUGACGUCGUGGCGGGGGAAAGAUAAACAUGUAAGAAAAGAAUUAACAAAUAUCCUUACAGGUCCUUUAAGCAGAAUGACGAGAAAUAAGCUGGGUAACAGGGGAGGGGUAUGGUGUUUUAGACAGAAGCCUACGUUAAGAAAGGAGGCAGCCAGGCAAGGGAGAAGAGUGUGUUUAGACCAGGAGACUGCAAGAACCAGGGACCUGAGGACGAGUGUGGCAUAUUUGAAGAAGGCCAGAAAGACUAGUGUGGCCAGAACCAGGUGAAUGGGAGGUAACAGUGGUACAGGAGAUCAGUAGGCUAUCUAAGGAGACCUCAUGAACCACAGUGGGGAAUCUGGAUCCUAAUGGAAAUUCAGGACUGAGUACUUUGGUGAUUUUGAACUUGAGAGGGUUACAGUCUUAUGUAUGCUUUUCGAAAGAUCAGUGGGUCCACUGGGGGAGGUAGGUGGUGAUGCAAGUAGGUAAAGGUCUCAGAGAAAGAUGAAGGCAGUGUGGAACAGGAUAGACUCUUUUUGUUCUGCUAUGGGAUGUAAAUAUUACAUUACUGUUAAAGAUGGAGAAAAGAGAGGUAGCAAGGUACGUGGCUUGACCAUAGAGACUAGAAAGUUAUUUUGUAAUGAAGACAAGGCUAGAAUUUUUUCUACAGGACUUAUGUUUAGGUAGAAACUAACUCCUGUGUGUGUGUGUGUGCAUAUGUGUGUGUGUGUGUGUGUGUGUGUGUGUGUGUGUGUGUACAUAAGUAUUCAUUUUCAGUAAGUGAGGGAGAGAGAGGCAGGGUAUUUCAAGGAUUAGACAGGCAACUCUCAUCUGCUGCUGGUGGAAAUAUAAAAUGGUACCCAGCCAUUCUACCCCUAGGUAUUUACUCAAGAGAGAUGGAAACAUGGGCUUUACAAAGACUACUACAUGAGCAUUCAUAGCAGCUUUAUUUUUAACAACUCUAAACUGGAAUCAACCUGAAUGUCAAUCAACUGCUGAAUAGGGGAACAACUUGGUGCAGCCAUACAAUGGAUAUUAAAUCAGCAAUAAAAACAAAUGAGCUAUUGAUACACACAGUGAUAUAGAUGAAUCACAAGAUCAUUAAAGAAGCAAGAUAGAAAAAAACACAUAUUGGAUCAUUUCAUUUAUAUAAAAGUUUAAAAAAUGCAAACUAAUUUUUAGUGACAGAAAGCAGAUCAGCGGUUUCCUGGGGCCAGGGGCUAAGCAAACAAAGGACUAGAGAGGGGCAUGAGCAAACAUUUAGGGGUAAUGGGAGCACAUGUUACCCUGAUUGUGGUGAUGUUUCACAGGUGUAUGUAUAUGUCAAAAUUUAUCCAAGUUAUUAAAAAAGAGUUAAGACAGCACUCCAUUUAAAAACAGAACUUAGUGUAUUUUUUUGAAAGUACACAUUUUAGAGCCAGAAGAGUGAGCAUGAUUUUCAUAUCUGUUUCAGAAACAGUGCAUCUAAUAUGAUAUACCACGUCCCUUCCUCAUCUGACCAUUAUACAGUCUGUCUUUGUAUCCACCGUGUGAUGGAACAAAUCCAAAACAUGAGCUUUCUCAACAGCAGAUCAUUUCUCGUGCAAACCUCGUCUGCUUUGCCAUUUGGCUAGAAUCACUAAUCCAGGUCCCCCCAGUCUCAGGACUAGGGCUGAUGGAUCUGCCACCACCGCAGUUGCUGGCUGCUAAAAGAGGGAGAGAGAUGCCUGGAAGGUUUCCCGCGAGCAAUUAAGUGUUUCAGCCCAGAAGUGACAUGCAUCACAUUUGCUCACAAAUUUUCCCACAACUCAUUGCUCAGAACUAGACACGUGGCCCCACCCAAUCCCGAAGGGGCCAGGAAGGAAAAUGUUACCACCUGCCUGGAAAGCAGAGAGCACAAAAGAUUACCUCACAAAAUAACAAAGAAACAGAAUUCAAAGCUGUUUCCUCUGGUGACCCUAACCCUCUAUGGCUGUGAUCCUGGCACUUUCUUCCCCCUUAGGGGUGGCCUCCUGAACUACCAGAUGCAUGUAACUUUCAAGGCAUUCUAAAACUACUGGCAAUUUGUCUUAUAUGUCUUGCUCGGGGGGCUCAGAGAGCAGAUCAGGAGUGACCUGUGCCUUUACUCAGAAGCACAUCUGAACGGCCUCCAGCAGUUGCUUAUGUGUGAAUUUGGGGACAGACACUUGUCCACUGUGACUGUAGACAGUCUCAUUUGUGUUUCCAUGGAGUAUCUGUGCCUAGACAACAAGGGUUCUGAAAGCAUUUUGUGGAAGUGUAAGCAUCAGAAUGAACCCGUGAGCAGAUAUAUGAAUUAUUCUGCUAGGUGAACUUACUUAAUGCUGUUAAUUUUAAUGUUAGAGAGUCCCAUAUUAGGUGGUUAUUGUAGCUGAGCCCUUGCUGGCAAUAGGCAGUCUUCAGAACUCUCUUCUAGUUAGUCAAGGCAAAUCCACAUUCUCACACAUUAGGAGUCUUCCUGUCUCAUCUGGCAUGGGAGGGCCAUGUCUGACAGGCUAAUGACUUCCCUUCAUCAAAGAAUCCAGGGACCUUACCACAGAAAACAAAAUAUGCUUCCUUUGGGAUGACUUACCUCCUCAUCAGUGAAUGGAGGAUUUGAAAGGGAGCCCUGCAAAGCCCUCUCCAGCUCCAAGGAUAGGAGCUGUGAACCCAGGAAUGUGUUUUCAAUUGACUCUCACCUAGUCACAUCCCAUCUGUAAGAUCACUUUUUCCAGAGCUUUGCUGAAUCCCCACAAGAAAUCCCUGGAAAACACCUUAUCAAUAUGUGGCUCCAGAAUUCACUGUUUUCCUCAUUACAAAUCUGGGGAGACACUGCCCACCUUUAGUGCAGUUGCCCUCGGGCCAUUCAUUUAUUUUUUCAUCCAUCGACAACAAACUAUUUGUGGAGCUAUGCUGCCAUGAGCCCUGGCUCUGUGCUCCAGGCCCAGAGCUGAACAAGGGAGUCUAGAGGAGACAUACCUUUGCACAGGCAGCCUCACCGAGCUGUGUGGACUGAUCUGAUAGUGCACGUACGGGGCUCCAUGGAAACCCAGAGCAGAGCCCCCAUCUGUAGGGCGGGAGGGCAGACAUGUAGGCAAAAUGGCUGGAAGAGAAGGCUCUGAGCUGUCUCCCCUGCUCCAUAGGCUGUAGCUUAGGGACACCCUUUGCAGAGAAGUCUUUAUUCUAAUAAGGAGAAGCUCAGAGCAAGUAAAGGAUACUAUUUCACUCCUCUUUGCUGAUUAUAAGAAAACACUUGAGGUGGGGUAGUAACAGCGCACCCAUCCUAGAAUUAGCCCGUGUGGGGCCAGGGUCUUUGACUGCCUUCCUCAUCCACCCAAGCACCCAUUGGUGCUUGGAGGCCAAUGCUUGGAACUUUGUGGGGGCAGUGCUGCUUUCUGAGUCACCUGUUCCAGGACACAUGCUGGGAUGGGUCUUCUUUUUCCACAGACUCCCCACCUCCCACUCCACCUCAGCUUCCACAUCCACAAUAGGAAACAGUGCCCAGAGUUAAAUCAGAAGAUAAACUAACCCACAGUGCAUGACUAACUUAAUCCUGCCCUUCCGCAUGAUGCACUUCUUACUAAACUGUUCCCACAUUCUCCUUUGCUAAGACUCCUCAGCCACAGGUGAAGUAGAAGCUUGGCAACUCUCCGGAAGUUAGGCCUGUGUGGACAGUUGGUCUGGGAGGUGAGCCAUUUUCUUCCACAAUGAGACCAGUAAUUCAGGCAAGAGCAGAGCGGUGGGCCCCCGGGACAGAUGGACUUGUAGAACUGAGUACACCUGCAUUCUGCCAACUUCUCCCAGAUUUCCUUUUCUAAUCAUUUUAGUGUAAUAAUAACAGCCACACAUGGCCUCAUGACAGUGGCUCCUUAGAGGAAGUUAGUAGCUUUUGCCAACUGAAGACUGGACAUGGAAGAGAGCCCAGAUUUGGGCCCCUGCUCAGGGAGGUUCUGCCUGGCCAGGGCCUGGCUGCUCCCAGUGGGGCAGUGGCAGGGUAGUGUCAGGGAGGUAGCAGGAGAGGACUCCUGCCAGCAGGCCUCUGAGCCCUUCCUCAUCUGCAUCUCUGAGGGUAGUCCCUGACAGGGUGUGCAUCUCACAUUUCCUGGAAGCAGUCUGUCUUAAGAAGCACACAGAUACAGGAAGGAAAUUCAGAUCAUCCUGUAGAGCUUGCCUGUCAGUGCCAGGAUGCUGUCGCCAAUGGUCAGCACUAAUGGCAGUAAUAGCUUUGACUCAUAACGGAGCCUCAGAAAUCCUGCAUCCCCUUGAUGAAGCAUGCUGCUACUUCCACACAUAACUGACCACCCUGCUGCUGCCUUUCAGGCUGGGCAAAGUUAUUUCUAUCCCUCUGUUUUGUUUAAAAACAAUUCAGAAAGCACAUGAGCUUGGCAUACCUGAGUAAAUAAUAAAGUGUUUCAUCUUUCUUGUUCCAUUCCAGAAAUCUUUCAGAAGGAUGCCAGAUUUUACAGAGAUCUCAUCCAAAUUCAUUUUAUGUAAUCUAAUAAUUUUAAUAGUUCUGUAAUGGUUCUGUAGAAAAUGAGCCAGAGGCCUGUUGGAAAUCCAAAUGUGAGGCAAAGCUGUCCUAACAGGACAAAACCACAGCAUAGCCUAGAUGUCCUAGAGCAAGCAGGGCUGUUCCAGUUUCCUGUCCCUGCCCAUCUGCCUUUUGGCCUGAUCUCCUAAAGCAAUUUUAAAGAAAGGAAUGUGACGCUAUAAAUUCUACUGACUUAAAGGUCCCUUCCUACUUCUGUGAAGAGAUUAUGGCAUUGGAUGAGGUGUCAAAGGCUCAGGGUCACACGUUGCUGCAGCUUCUCAGGUGCUGAGUCCAGAAGAAUCUGUAAACUGCAGCCUCAGCAUUGUGUCCCUCCCUCAUUUAACUAUAUUAAACCCAGUGAACUCUGUCUCCACUCUGCAGUAGUUUGCCUCAGGAGAACAACUGCUUGCCUGGAAGUAUGAGUGCUACCCAGAGGUCUGGUCUGGUCCCUGUUCUGCAUCCAGGUUCCCCCAAGGACUUGGCCCUGCCUAUGCCUGGGCCUCCCCUUUGGCCACGAGAGCAACUGCACACUGGGCCUGUGGCCGCUUAUCAAGUGCAGGCUGGCUCCACAUUCCAGAUAUGGGGUGCUCUGGGGGCACCGCCAGCAUUCAGCACUGGAUACAGGGUGAAUAUGAUGAGCUUUGUGCCCUUGUGGUUCUUUGUAGGGGGAGUUAAAAGCAGUGAGUAUAGAGGCCAAAGAGGGCCUUAAACAAGAGACAUGUGACAGGGCAGAGCAAUAAACUCUUCUGAAAGUGCUCAUCAGACUUUCAGAGGGGAGAUGUUUUCUAAAUGGAGCCUAAAAGCAUGAAUAGGGCUCAUGGUGGGGGAGGGAGGGGAGUGCCCACAUCCUGCUGCAGCUUCCAGGCCUGUCCAUGUACCCCCUACCUUGCCUGCUCCCCCCAACCAUGGCCCCCUCUCAGUGCUGACCCUGCCCCAGGGUGAGCUGGAGUGAGCCUGUCUAAGAGGCUCCCACUGGGCAUCCGUGCAGCCUUGUCCUCUUGCAGUCUCUCUCCUGCUGUGUCUCCUACCUGCUCUCUUGUGCUGCUCCCUCUCAUCAGCAGAGUUGUCCUUACUCCUAGAGUGACACAUCCCCACACAUGAAUGCAGCCCCCACUUAGGGUCAGAAAGUCCAUGUAGAUACUCUCUUUCCUUCAAAGGUGCAGGAGACCAUGGUCAUGGAGUGGGCUGUGGCACUGGGAGAAAUGUUCCAUGCCUGUUUGGCCUCAUCACCUUGGUUUUGGGGUCGUGGCUUGCACUUAAGACACUUGAGACAUAGAACGAGGUGCUUGGGGUGGCAUUUUUCAGAACUUGCAGGUGUUCAGAAGGUACAGGUGCCAGGGAGGUUGGAUGCACAGUUGCACAAGAACACAUGCGUGUAUGCACACAGGUGCAGGCCUGUGACCUCUCCCUGGGGAAGUGGGUAUGGGUCCAGCUCUCUGUAUCUGUUCUUUCAGAUUAAGAAGAGAUUGAGUUAUGACUUUGAUUGUUAUGGGUCAGAUCAGUUGAAAAAAGAAAGCCCUUGGGCUUCUGUGUGCUCUUUGGCUACAAACAUGCUCUGACCACAGAUGUUUGCCUACUGAUGUCCCAGCAGAGGUCUGGGAGAGGAAGGGGGCCCUUUCCACUAUGGACGUGGCACCCUGUUGAAGGGAAACAUGGGCAUGACCAAGAAUAGGGCACAUCCCUCUGGGAACACGUGGCAGUAAUGUGUGAGGCCCACAUCAGCCUGGGGGUGGAGUUACAGUCAGAAUAGCACCAAGGCUCACAGCCACACCUGUGUGUGUGUAUAUUGUCUUCAGAACCAUGGGCCACCUGCUGGAAGGGGGCCACACAUGGAAACCAGGAGGCAAGGAAGCUUCUUAUUGGCCUUCCUUGGGCAGCAUCAGGGCCAGGCCCUGUCCACUGUCCAAAAUGCCACAGAUACUUCUUUGCAUCACAGCAUACUGGGGGCAAUACUGAUGGUUCUGGAGGUCUGCCAUCCCUAAUGCUUUAAGAUGGGAGCAUAAGUGUGCCCUCUUGGCUGGAGAAUUUAGCAACCUUCCAGGAGCCAGCUUCACCCUGCCCACUUGAGCACCAAGAAGGGCAGCAACCCCUUCCCCAGAUCACAGAAGCUGAAAUAGUACCUUUCAGUGUUAUCUGUGAAUCUCCAAGUGCUUGUGGAUCAUCCUGUCUACCAAACACACUCCUCAUCAUCCCUCCACCUCCUAGCUCCCCAAAGCAAACCCACACAACAUGGCAGCUGGCCCUGCUUCCUCCCAAGAGCUGGUCCAAGCUCAGUUCCUGCAGCUGCCUGGAUCUCAGAGCCAAAGCAUGGAGAGGAGUGUGAUGCUGAGUGGCAACCAGGGUACAGCCAGCCCACAGCCAGCGUCUGCAUUCAUUCUUCCACAAUGGCUGUCAGCAAGGGACAGGGACAGACCCUCAGGGAGAGCCUGCCACCUGCCAUAUCAACAAAGGCUUUGCAGCCUUCACAUUCUUUGCGCCAGACAAUUCUUUAUUGUGGGGACUUUCAUGUGCAUUGUGGGUGUUGAGUAGCACCCCUGGUUUCUACCCACUAGAUCCCAGUAGCAUGAUGUACCCCAGUUGUGACAACCAGAAAUUUCCCCCAUGUCUCCUGGGGAACAGAAUCUUCCCUAGUUGAGAACCACUGGUAUAUAAACUAGCAGUGUGCCUAGAACCACAAAUCAAGGGUUGGACUACUGGGGCCCAGGCCUGGCUCUGCCCCCUUGGUUAUGUUGAUAUUGUCCUGGCAACUCAUUAUCUUUCCAAAUCUUCAGAAUCCUUUCUUCAUUUUCAAGAGUCUUAGGCCUAUCAAAAACAUUACUGCAGUAAUAUUUAGCUUAUUAAAACUUAUUCAUCAUGGUUAACUGAAACAUAUGCCUGAUGAUAACGUUCCCAUUAAGCAGGAUGAAUUCAUUCUGGACAUCUCCUGUACAACCUUGUACCUGUUGUCAUCAGUAUUAUGUUGUACACAGUUCUGUACUGGAUACUUAAAAUUUUUGUUAAGAGGGUACAGUGUUAAGUGUUAUUAUCAAGAUAAAAUUAAAUUUUUAAAAAUUUAACUUAUUAGCAUAGUGAAGGCUCAAGAAUAUCCUAGCCUAGUCAAGAAGCCUGUUGUUUCCUUUGCUUUGCCCACACCAGACCUGCUAACGUCCUACAGUGUGACAUUCAUAAGGGACACCAGCGGUGCUGGCACAGUGCCUCUUGGGAUUGGGUGAAGAUCAAAUAUCACAUGCAUGUGAAGAUCACGUUCAUGUGAGCCUUUAAUUGUGCCACAGCCCCAAGAUGAGGUACCCAUACUCAGACCAUCUUACACUCUUCAAACAGGUCUUACAAUGAGAUGUGAUAUACAAAACAUUUGAACUUUCUUGUCAAGCUGGGAUCUACUAUGUCAAGGACUAAGAGAUACUGGUCUUUUGGAUGCUCUCUUAAAGUGCCCUUGGCCUCUUAAUGAGCCUCAACAGGUGAUUAUGAAGACAUUGACCCUGAAUGGCCAUAACCUUGGUGAACACUGGAAAUUUUUGAAGCUUACACUUCCUUCCCCCUGAGCAGAGGACUCUCUGGUUGUAUAAAUCUUACAUCAGAUGAUGACUGUUAGAAACUGACCCAGAGAAGAGAAAAUUUCUCCUCACAUCUCUACAAAGGCACAGCCUUCACCUCCAAAGACCAUGUCAUCUCUGCCCUCCAAAGAAGAAACAACAAGCCAUAUGCAGUCAGCUGCAUGUCACCGAAUCCUGAAGUCCCUAAAAGGAGUGCAAUAGAUCAGAGAGUCCUUCUCCCAACCAGACAUGUGUGGGUAGGAGAGAGCUACCCCCUACUUGAGGUGUCUCCCAGCAGUAGAUAGGGAUUUGAAGUGAUUAGCUCAUAGCCCCAUAGAAUCCUCUCUUCAGUGUAGACCUGCACAAAGGAGAUCUCUCCCCUGCUGCAAGGUCCCUGCAUGUCUGCCUCCUCACACCCCCCACCCAGCUAAUGAAAUACCACUUGAGUGACUAUACGGUUUAGAGAGGCCCUUGGGGAAAAGGUCCCCUGAGCAUCCUGUCCACUGAUAGUGACAAAAGGGCCGACCAAGGGCUCUAAGCAAGCUGAGCAGUGUCUUUACAGAGGAGCUGCCAGGUUGGAGGCAGAAUUUUGGGCAAGCAAUUUAAAUGCUUUUAUGCCCUCACAAUCUUGUUAAGUUUCACCUUCUAUCUAUUUUUUAUUUCUUCUCUCUUUCUUGGCUUCUGUAAAGUCACCUAUUUAAUAUAUUCACACUUGCAUGAAUUGAAUUCUGUGGGCUGUCUAAAACAAUGCAUCCUCUGGGUAAAACCCUUCUACCCAAAUUCUUAGUUAUGCUUGGAAAUCCAAACUUCUGAACACCCCAUCUUGUUGGUUUUUAUGACCCUGCUAUUUGGUUUGACUGUAUUAGGUUAUCUAGAGCUCUUGAUAUUUCCAGUAAAAAUAUAUUGAAGUUCAGAUCUUGGCAUCUUUCCUGACAAAAUUCUUCUCAUCUGUUAUUUGGAUGCCUGGUUAGCCUUCAAUUGCACAUGUUUCCAAUAUUUCUAUAACAUUUUCCAAAGAAGUCUGCUGGGAUAUGUUUUAGUCUUUUCAUCCCAUACUUGUUUAUCACAAAUGCAGUGUGUGUGUGUGUGUGUGUGUGUGUGUGUGUGUGUGUGUGUGUAGCUCAUGUGUGAGAUCUUUAUACCCAAUGAUAGCAGUGCCAACACUUUUAUUGUUUAGGCGUGGUCUGGACUAGGAAAUCUCAUGACAGGUCAAAGUGAAAUCUGCCCCAGUUACUCUUGCUACAUAGCAAAUCACCCCAAAACUCUAUGGUGUAAAACAACACUUUGAUAUUCUUGUCUCAUGUUCUGUGGGUCAGGACCUUGGGCAGGUCACACCCAUAAGGCUGUCUCUACUCCCCCACAUCUGGGACCUCAGCUGAGUGUAUGAAGGUUGUGAAGGGUGUACUGGCUGGGACCAGAGCCACCUGCAGGCCUGCUUGCUCAAAUGUUUGGCAGUUGAUGCUGGCAGUUGAAUGGAACCUCUGUGAGGCUGUUCUUCAAACACCAGUUGUGGCCUCCCCAUGGUUUCUGUACGUGGGAGAGCUUGGGCUUCUUUGCAGCAUGGCGGCUGGGUUCUGAGACUGAGUGCAUGACAUCUUCAUGUCUUGGAUCAUAAGUGACCUUUCCAGUGUGCUCUGUCAGUGGAGGCUAUCACAAGGUCUCCAACACAUGGGAAUGAGACAUGACUCCUAUCACUUUAUCAAGGGGAGUAUUGAAGUCACUUUGCAAGGAAGGUGGGUGGGAGGAGAGACGGUGUUGUGGCCAUAUUUACAAAAUUCAAUCUGUUAUAUCACCCAAGAUCUAGCUCUGUGACCUCUCAUUCUUUCCUUGCAUUCAGCCAGAAAAUUACGUGUCUGUUGUAGCUACCUCCAGCUCAUUACUUUUUUUUAAUGUUUGUUUUUGAUGGAGGACAAGCAGGGGAGGGGUAGAGAGAGGGGGACAGAAGAUCCAAAGAAGGCUAUGCACUAACAGGCUGAGAGCAGCAAGCCCAAUGUGGGGCUUGAAGUCAUGAACCACAAGAUCAUGACCUGAGCUGAAGUUGGAUGCUCAACUGACUGAGCCACCCACAUGCUCCCCUACUACUUUUCAAUUAAGUGCAAAAAUAAAUUCUGUUGAAUAUGUCAUCCCAUAGAGUAUUGCUUUCCAGCUCCCAGUGAUGUCACUGGCAGAGAAGGCAGUGGCCCGGGGUGCUGGGAGCCUACCAAACUCUAUGGCCCCAUCCAAGCCUGCCACCUGUUAGUGCUGGGCACCUACACACGCUCCCCUGCCUCCUCAUUUUUCAGUUGAAAUAGAUCAUCAGUUUCUUAAUAUUAGGAAGACGGGCAUGGGCUGCUUUGAGAACGUGAUACCCCCUGUAGCUUGGGCCAAACAUGUCAUCACAACCUAUAGGAAGGGUGACUUCAGCAUUGCUACCUGUGAAUACCAUUGCUUUAGAAGACUAGAUCCUGCACUGUUCCUUUGGCUGAGAGGUGAUAUUUUCUUUUCCAAAAUAGUAAACAGCAGCUAUGGAGUGACACUUAAGGAUCAUUCAUACCAAGACUUAUUCUUGCAGAAAGAAGGUACUGUGUCCAGUAUCUGCAUGGUACCAAACAUCCAUGUAGUAACCAUAUUGACAGUGGUGGUGAUGGUGACCACAGGCAAAUGUGCAUCUCUCAGGUAUCAGGCAUCUAGCUUAUGUGGUUUCAUUUGGUCCCUAUAACAACUCUCUGUGGUAGGUACUACUGUUACGCCAUUUCUGAGGCACAGAAAAUUUAGGUUGCUUGUUCAAGGUGUUAUCGUUGGUAAGUAGUAGGAGCUGGAGUAAAGCCAGGUAGUCUGCAUCCUGCUCUUUGCUGCCAUGCUGCCUUGCUUAUUUUCCCCUACUUUGUUCAGUCUUAGUCUGGUAUCUUAGCUUCAGAAUGAGCAUCCCAGUUCCCUAUGACCCGUAAUUUCCCAGUGCACACCCAACAAGCCUACUCCAUGUUUUCCAAGCCAUGCACAUCCCUCUUUCACUCAGCACCCACCAUUGGUGGACUGCACCUGCCCAGGGUGCCAUGACCCCGGCUUCACCUACUGUGUGGAGUGACAGUGUCAUGGGACCACAAUGAAAAAGGUUAAAGUGAGGCCGCCACAGCCCACCAGGCUCUGAUCCUCCUUGUUCAGCACCUUAGUGGAGUGUUGUCCUGAGCUGAGCCUGGGACCCUGGGGAAGGCUUUGGUGGCAGUGGGGUGAGAAGAAAGAGAAUAGUAAGGAAAGGAACUGAGGAUGCCAGUGCUCUGUCCCUGUGAUGUGACUCAGCUGACCCACCCAGAUCUGCUGUAUUAGAUCUAGGGAUGGCACCCAAUAUCUGUUAUUCAGAUAGUUUCACUGUGUGGAGGCUGGUUCAUGGAGCUGCAGGACCUGUGGGGUGGUUCAGGCCAGUUCAUCCCUGGAGGUGUGUUCAGGGGCAGUAUGUAAAGACUGGUUAUCAUUGGACACUGAGUAAUACUCCAGAACUUUAGCCAGGCCCUGGUGCCUGGGGCAGAUCAGGGAUGGGAAGGCCCAGGACAGAGGCCAUGGUGAUAUCAGGAAUGAAGGAACAAUAAACCCUCCCUCCGUUUACUCAUUCACCAAGUGCAAUGGGAAUGGCAGGUGGUAUGACAGGUAGAGAAGGCCUGGGAUUCAACAUGGAAACCUGGAUCCAAAGCCUAAUCCCACCCACUUCAUCUCUCUGAACUUGAAUUUCCUCAUCUGUAAAUGAGGUGACUAUGACCCUUACACAGCUACUGUGUAGAGGACUGUUUUAGAUUGAAUGUUUAUGUCCCCCUAAAAUUCAUAAGUUAAAGCACUAUCCCUCAGUGUGAGAUGGAGCUCUUGGUGGGUAAUUGGGAUUAGAUGAGGUCUUGAAGGUGGGGCCCUCAUGAUGGGGUCAGUGGCCCUAGAAGAAGAGGAAGAGAGAGAGAUCUCUCUCUCCACAUGGAGAAAGAGCCUGUGGAAAAGCCACAUGAGCACACGAGAGGAGGCACUGUCUACAAGCCUGGAAGGGAGUCCUCACCAUGCUGGUAGUCUGACCUUGGGCCUUCAGCUUUCAGACUAUGAGAAAAUAAGUUUGUGUUACUUAAGUCACCCUGUGUAUGGUAUUUUGUUAUGGACAACCUGAGCAAACCCACACAGAUUUUGGUACCAGGAAGUGGGAUGGUGCUCUUACAAAUACCUAAAAAUGUGGGUGCAGCAGUGGAACCAGGCAGUGGGCUGAGCCUGGAAGAGUUUUGAGGUACAUGCUUAAUGGACAUUACAGGCAGUUCUGGUAAGGGUUCAGAAAGAAGAGAGGAAAGCAGGAGAGAACGAGCUUCUAUUUUCUUAGUUCGUAAAUAAUCAUGAACAGAAUGCUGAUGGAAAUAUGAAUGUUAAGGAAGUGCAUCUUGGGUCUCGUAUGGAAAUGAGGAACAUGUUAUUGGAAACUGGAAGGAGUCCAUUUCUUGUUUUAAAGUGGCAAAGAAUUUAGCUGAACUGUGUUCUCAUGUUCUAUAGAAGAUAGGACUUUCAAGCCAUGAUAUUGUUGAAUAGUUAGUGGAGGAGAUUAAGCAAAGUUUUGAAGGCCUGGCUCCUGACUGCUUACAGCAAAAUGUAAGAGGAAAGAAUAAGCUGAAGAAGGAAUUGUUAACCAAAAAAGAAUCAGAACUUGGAUAUUUGGAAAAUUCUUAGUCUAUCCACCAUAUUGCAGAAACAUGAGAGAGCAUGUUCUGAGGAGAAUGCAAGGGUGAGGCUGAACAAUAAUUUGAUGAAGAGAUGAUGACUGUGACUCAGGGAAGUGACCAGCAGUCUCCGCAGAGGCCAGAAGUAGAGAUGGGACUAUCAGCAAGGACACUGUCACUUUGAACAAAUGGGGACAGAGCAAGCAGGAUGGAAUGAAGGGUGGCUCUAGGACUUCUAAGAUCCUACAAGCCCGGACCAUGGAGCUAUCAGGCUGCAAAUAUGUGCUAUUCUUUGAGGAAAGGGAGGAAGAACCCCUAAGGUGAUUCAGAGAUCUUUGGGGCCACCACCUCAGUUCCAACAUGCAGGUAGCUUCUGACUGAAGCCUUGGAGGUAGGUCUACCAGAGAGGCACUAACCAAACAGGAUUAUUCUCAAACUUCAGGAUCCAGUGGGGUUUGUCUUCUAUGUUUUGGACUUGCUUGUGACCUAUCGCCCCUUCUCCCCAUUACUCCAAUUUGGAAUGGGAAUUUCUAUUUUAGGGCUGUGCCACCACUGUGCUUUGGAGGCCCAUGGUGUGUCUGGCUUCACAGGCUCCCAGUCAGAGAGGAACCACAGCUCCACUCUCACUUGUGUCUGAUUUGGAUGAUUAUUGAGAUAAAACUUUGGACUUUAGACUUUGGAGUGGAAGCCUGAAUUAAUUAAGACUUUGGGGUCAUUGGGAUGGAAUGAAUGAACUUUGUACGUGAGAAGGAUGUGAAUUUUGGGGGGGGGGUAAGAGCAGAAUGUUAUGAACUGAACACCUGUGUCCGCUGCCACCCAAAUUCAUAUGAUGAACCCCCAGUGCAAUGGCAUUUGGAGAUGAGACCUUGGGGAGGUAAUUAUUAGAUGAGGUCAUGAGGGUGAGACCCCAUGAUGGGAUUAGUGGCCUUAUAAGAAGAGGCAUUGCACCUGCAGUGAGGAAAGGCCACAUAAGGACUCAGCAAGAAGGUGCCAUCCACAGCCAGGAUAAGAACCCUCACCAAGAACCUGCCCAUGUUGGCACCCCGAUCAUGGGCUUCCAGCCUCUAGACUAUGAGAAAAUAAGUUUCUGCUGUUUAAACCACCCAGUCUUUGGUAUUUUUUAUGGCAGCUUGAGCCAACUAAGGUACAUUAAAACUGAAAUAGUAUACAAAACACCAGGCAUAUGGUCAGUGCUCUCCUUGUUCAUUUGCUUGGCUUUCUGUCCUGCUCAAUAAAACAAGUUGUGGGGAUGCUGGUGUCAUUGCCAAUCUGAUGAGAAGGAGAUAAGAGAGUGAGAGUCAGACCUAUGAAAAGGGGCAGGACCUGCCACAUGAACGAGUGAUGAAUGAAGAGGUUGGGGGAGGAUGAGCACAGGCUGCCUUCAUUUGCAAGUUUGGAAAAACAGCCCCCAUCCAAGUGUGGACAUGACAGUCCUGAGUAGCUGGGGUGCCCUCAGGCUGCUGCCCUCUGUAGAGGAGGACAGGGACAAGUGGCACAGUGCCAGGGUACCAGCCUGUACACUGUGCUGAGAGCACAAGCUCCCAGCACCUCUCUCAGACUCACUCCCUCCAUCUUUGCCCCUCAGUCCCCUCGGGUCACUUGGCCACUCAACUGGGCACAGGCAUGGGGGACAUGAUCACCUCUGGCUCUCUCUAAUCAGGGCUGGGCAGAGGGAGGCUCCCCAGUUCUCCAGCUCAGAACUUCAGGCAUCUUUUGAUGGUUUUAUUCAUGUGAUUUCAGUCUUAAAAGAAUGUCUAGAUGAAGUUGCAGAUAAAAGACCUAGAGCUCACUUGAGACUUUGGCACUAGAGAUGCUUUCACCGCAGAAGAGAGAAUUCAAGAGCCAAUCCUGUGUCAAACCUUCCAGCAAGAGAACAUUAAGGAGUGAAGCAAGAAACCGAGUCUAGGAGCGUUUGCACCUGAGGCGAGGGGCAGGGUGGGGGGGUGUGUGGGGGAAGGCGUGGUGCUGACGGGAAGAAUCCAGCAGCUGUGCAGAAAGGCAGGAGAAGAAGCCAUAAUACAGGGUGGAGGAGCCCAAGAGAGGGCCUUUCUCAAUGGGAGAUGAGGAAUGUCAGUGCCCUGGACAGGUCAGGUUCAGGGUAACAAGGGUCCCAACCGAGGUGGGUUCAUAGCUCUAGUCCCCACCUUAUUGUCACUGUAUUUAUUUACUCUGCUGGGAGCUGGAAAGGGUACCUUGUGCUUUGCACCAAGUGAGCUGAGUGUGAAAAAAACAAGGAAAAACAACAUGGUUAGUGUGGUUUUGUUGUUUGCAGCAUUCCUGCCCUAGACCAGAGACCAGGGGGUUCCUUCAUGUUUGGAGCCUGGGUGCGCUGUUUCAGGGACUGAGAGGGUAUUCUCAGCCUAUCAUUGCACAAGAGGCUUCCGGAGGAUCUGAGACAUGUAGCUGGCACUUCAGUCCUGUUUGAUCUUCCUUUGUGGGUGCAUAACCGGAUGUGCUGUCGUCAUUCCUCUGACCUCAGCCCAUGCUACCAGGAAAUGAAUGCUGGCUGAGGGCCAGAUGAAUGCAUGAACAGUGCUGGCAUAUACCACCACCAUAGCUGAGAUUCAUGACAGCCAUUCCUUGUUGAAAGCCUACUCUGUGCAGGGUGCUCUGCUAGGUGCUUUACCUGCUGUCCUCAUUCAGUCCUCCUAUCAGUGCUGAGGGUAUUGUCAAUAUCCCAUCCUGAAGAAGCAGCCCAGGAGAGCAAAGCGUUGCUUGUGUCACAAGGGUGGUGGGUAACUGGCAACCCUGUAUUUCAUCAUGAUGCAGCCCUCAUUAGAGUUCUGUAAUCAUCGCUCUAUGUGUGUACUUCAGUGCCCAUCUGUGAAGUGACUUAAACACACAAAAACCUCAACAGUGUAUUGCAGGGUGCCUCCCACUUAUUGGUGCCAUAUUGGGAUUAGUUCUCAGGGCAAAGCAGCUACAGCUGGCAUUAAAAUUUGGAAUCGAGUCCUGGGUUCAAAUCCAGAUUGUGCAACUUUCUGGUUGAUUACCCUGCAUCUGUGGUUUAGAAUCUCAGAGACUAUGUUUUUCUAUUGAGCUGUUUUAAGAACCUAAGAGCUAAUUAUGUCCAAGACUUAGAACAGUGCCUGGUUCAUAGUGAGUUCUCGAGAAAGAAUUUGCAGUGUAAUUAGUUAUAUAUAUAAUUAUGUUGUCCAUUUUGCAUAUGAGCAGUUAAGUGACUUGUUCAAGAUCAGUCAACUGAUAAAUGACAGUGACACCCAGCUCUAUCUGUCUCCAAGGCUGUCAUGAUGUGGCUGAAUAUCUGCUUGAAGUUCCUCAGGGAGACAGUAUCCUCCACUUCAGGAACUCUUUCUUUCUUGCUGCAUUGAACUUGGCUGGUCACCUAAAACCACUUGCCAGGCCCAGCUCCUGAGUAUUCUUCUGUUUCUGAGUCUGACAAAUUGCUGUGAUCACAAUGCCUGUGGCUCUGCUUCGAAGGACACAAAUCCAACCCCUGCUUUUUCUUCUGUCCAUUCAGCUCCCUUUUCAGAGUGCCUAGCAUAGUGCCACAUGCAGAGCACUGAACUAAGGCUUCACUUAAUGGUUUCAAUCCUCAGGAAGGGCAAGAGAAGCAGCAUGCUGCAGCAGGCAUCCCUCCCAUCAAAAACAAAAGCUGGAGAAAGCACAAUUAGAUUGGCAUGCUGUUAUCUGCUGUUUCCCUUCUUUGUUAUUUUCGUGAAUCAAUUUUCAUCUUCGGUCUUUUGUGAGGGCAGCAUUUUUGAAGAUGUGUUUUAAUGUUUAAAAUAGCUGAUAGCUAAAUACACAAUUUUUAUGUCUCUUUUAAUUAGCUUGUUAACUUCUUCCACUUUAUUUAUGAUAGAUCUUUAAUUCCUCUUCCCUUUCUGAAGACACAUUGCAUAUUUACAUUGUUAAAAACCCUUCUCUGCUCUUACAGUAACUGUGUGUUCAGGCAUAACCUGAGAUGUGCUUUUCCCCAUCAAAAUUUUAACAGGGCAUAGCUUUUAAUUACCCUUUCCCCAUCUCCAAUAGGAAACUUUCCAAACAUAAAAUUCUAAUCAAAAGACUUCUGAGUAUAACUUGCUACCUAGGAGCCCAUCUCAAUAUAUUAAGAUAAGGAUGCACCGUGUUCCUUGUUUGACUAUCUAGAGGCUCCUUGAAGGCCCCACACUAUUUGUCAUGACAAAUCCAUGCGCAUCAGGCCUCUGACCAUGUUUUAGUCUCACCAGCUCCUUCCUAAAUGUACAGCUUCAGGUCAUUGUAACAGCUGUGAGUAUUGACACCCCCACUUCUCUGAGCUCUGGCCUUCCCAGAGGCCACAUGAUUUUCCUGACUGCCCAUAGGUUGAUGUAGCAUCUGAGAAUUAUUUGACCAUCUUCCUAAACUCAUUUUGCUUUCUUUGUCUGUUGUGUGAGCCAGAGUUUGCCAGGGCCAUGCUCACACAGAGCAGGUUCACUGCUGCAGGGCACAUAUCCCCCACCUCCUGUCUCCAGCUGGUAGGAGUUGGCAUCACCUUCCCUUUAAAUGCCCUGUGACUGUCACCAUCACUGUCUGUUGCCCCACGGUCCCCACUCAGUCCCCUCACCCAUGACCGCAAACUGUUUACCUUGCCAAUCCAGAGUCCCUCACUCCCCUGCUUCGUGCAGCUCCCAGUGUCUGCCAAGCUGACUUUAGACCCCUCAGCUGGCCCUCUCAGCCACCAAAAUGUGCUGUCCCACUUCCUUUCUCAUCUCACAGGCACACCUCACCCCUCCUUUUGGCGAGAUCUGCCUCACACCUUCUGAUCCCUCAGCCAGACCAAAUCACCCACCAGUCCACCCCCAUCAUUAUAUCCAAUCUGCCCAAGCCUCGAGGCCACCCCUACUGUUCCAUCUUAUAAGACAAUCUUCUCCAUAAGCUAUAACAAAAAUUCUCUCUGGUUCAUCACAUCACUAGAUGUGAACUAUUGUGUUCAAAGCAAUAGGUUGCAGUUUUUUCCUUUAUUAUGUUCCCCCUCUUAAACUAAAAAGAAAUACACAUUUGACUUAAUGACUCAAAUAUGAAAGUGUCUCACAAAAUCCCAGAUCCUCCUUCCUAUGCCUGAUCAUCCCUGUUAAUAACUGAUAUUAACAGUCUGGAGGAAUAUCUCUAUGCUUUUCUCAGAGAGUCUUCAGAUGCUCCCAGGUCACUGAGUGUUGACACAAGAUCUGAACAUGACCCAUGACCAUUGUUGCCUGGAUCUCAGUUCAUGCAAAUGCAGAGUGAAAAUGUGUGAUUAUGUUUGAUCUUUUGUUCUCAAAGGUAAAGAGUUGUCAACUGCCCCUUUGACUUUGAACAGAGCAUGUACUCAUCCACGGGCACAAACAUUUGGGGAUUUUUCAGGCUGAGGUUUUUCCAGAUUAUCAGGGCUAAGCAAUCAAUUCUGAGUCUAUGUGCUACCCACCGUAUGUAGUCCAGUGUUCUGUGUGUGCCCGACCAGUGAUUGUAAAUGUUGCCCUAAGCAAAAAAGAGUUAAGAAGGUAAGUCUGUUUGAGAGGAACUGUGGCCACCUUCUUUAGCAUACAUUAACAAAGGAGACAACCUGAUUAAAAAAAAAUGUGGCACAAUAGGUCACGUUUACAUGUUUACUUCAUUCUGAUGAAAUGAAUUGUAUCUCUGAAAAUUUUAACAUCACAUUUAUAAAUCAAAUUUAUAAAAGCCCUUGGCUUCUUAUAAUUUCACAGAGAAUUUUCCAUAAUUUUGGUUGACUCUUAACUCCCAGCAGUUCUUAAUUUAAGCUUUAGAUUUCUUUUUCCUUUUGCCAAGUUUUUACAUUGAUGUUCUAUAAAACAAUUAAGGCCCCUAGGGAGACCCCUAUUUUUAUCAUAACAGAAAAACUAUUAUUCUAUUAUGUAAAAUGUUUUAUAGUUUUCCUAUAAUGAAUGAACACCUUCAAAUAUGUCUCUUUUUUUAAUAUUAGGUUACCAAAUGGUUCUUUUAAAGUAAGGUAUGACUUUAUUUUAGUGUGUGUGUAUAUAUAUGUGUUUGUGUGUGUGUGUGUGUGUGUGUACACACAAUUUUUUUUAAUGUUUAUUUUUGAGAGAGAGACAGAGACAGAACAUGAGCAGGGAGGGAAAGAGAGAGAAGGAGACACAGAAUCUGAAGCAGGCUCCAGGCUCCUGGCUGUCAGCAUAGAGCCCAAUGCAGGGCUCAAACUCACCAACCAUGAGAUCAUGACCUGAGCCAAAGUCGGAUGCUUAACUGACUGAGCCACCCAGGCACUGCAUCACACAUACGUUUUUAAAUAUAACUCAUAAGCUCUUCUAUAACAUGACUGUGCUCUGUUUAUAUGCUGAGGGAGGCUUUCCAAAAGUACUUGUGUAUCUUGAGAGCCAGCACUUCUGUAAUAGCCUCAUCUGGUGCCUGCAGUCCUUGGCUUGAGCCUCUGCCUGAUGUGACCUGCCUUGCUUGCUGAACCUCUACUCAUUCACUAGCCCUUGCCACUCAAAGUACAACUGGGGAGGCCGACCCCACCUGGGAGCUGGUGGACAGCUCAGACCCUCAGAUCAGAAUCAGCACAUCAAUCCACACCAAUAUUCCAAAACACAGCUUUAAAACCCAUGCAAGUCCCCUGGACUGGGAAUUUAGUAGGUGCUCAGUGAACCUAUUUCCUUGUUUUGUCACCUUCCCAUGCGGCUGGUCCCUUCUCUGGGUUUUUACAGCACUAUCUGUAGUCUUCUGAAAUCAUUAACAGGUUGACACAUGACCGUUGGCUUAUAAUUGAUCCCUUCCUGGGUUCUGGAUCAGAAUCACUUUUUUUGCCCCCAUAUCAGACCUGCUGAAUUAGAAUCUUUGAGAGUGGGGCUAACAUUUACAUUCUAUCCAACUUUCUGGUUGAUUCUUUGUACCUAAAGUUGGAGAGCCAAGAGACCCUGUGUUGGCCUGUGGAGAUCUCUCAAGGCAAUCUGAGGGUUAACAGUGACACAACUGCCUCAGGUGGAAGUGAAAUGGAUUUUAUUCCUUUAACAAAAAUGUACUGUGAGCUAACUAGGUUGUAGGUGUUUUGCAAAAACCUAAAAAUAGCACAUCAUAUAAACACGUCAUAAGAACAGCCACACAAUCAAGUAUUUGUAACAUGCAUUCAUAGUUUAAAAAGCACUCUUCCAUUUGUCAUCUUAACAACUUGGUGUCGGUGGAAUCAGGACUCAGAGCUAGGUAUUCAUGCACCAGCCUGGGCUGCCCUGUGCUCCUAUCCUGUUCCAUUGACAGAGGAAGAGGAGGCAGGCAGCAAGGGCAGGUUGUCUGCAUGGGGAGCUGUGAACGGCCUCACAGGACAAGCAGUAAGUAGCUUAUCACUCAUUUGGGGAGAAGACAGAAGAUGAGAGGGAGGCAGGCAUUUUGUUCCCACAGUUCAGACUGGAGGACCCCCACAAGGCUGAAAUGGCUGCACCAUGGCCAUUCAGAGCAACCUAGGGAUGGAAAGUGACCCUCCUCAGGAGAGGGGAAUUUAGGCCACAGAUGGAGACAGCAGAAUGCUGACACAAAGUUGUGUAGGAAAGCAGUGACUCCUCUAAAACAUACCUAAAAUGAGCUCCAAAAAUAUAAAGGGGAUACCAUUCUCUGCAUCUCACUGGGCUCAUAAAAGUCCCUAAUUUAGUCCUGGUCCCUGGAGAAACCCCAACAAACCCAUCGUUCUUUGAUAAACUUUUAGCCCACAUUAACCCGAAAUUGUAUCCUCUAAAACCUCUUAUUGUCCAAUGGUGUUGCCCCUAAAUUGAUUGGUGAGCCUUUUCCCACCACCUUCAAAGUGCCCAUUAGCUGAUUCUAACAUACAUCACCCAGAAUAGGGCAGCCACCAGGGGAAGGGCUUGGAAUAUCUACAUCCAUAUUCCAUGAAUUCUGUGUGCAUGAUAGUUCACCAAAUUUCACAGCAACUUGUAGUAACUGGAUCCUGAAGGCAUUAGCAGAAUUCUGUCAUGGACAGCAAAGGAGAGGGUAUUCCAGUCAUGACAUAAGUAUUUGCCAAAGUCAAAUUAAGAAAGUGAUCAGUCAUACUUAAUCCUGGAAAACUGAGACAGGAAAAUUAUCCAUCACAUUCAUGCACCUCUUUCCAAACCACAGCUAAGGCUGGAUUUCCAUGCAAACAUGCUAAGCAGACCAGUGGCUUUAUCUUCCCCUCACAACACACCCUACUGUGGCACAGCCUGUGGCUCCAGGGCUUUCUGUCCUGUGUCUUGCAACAGAGUGUUUGUUGAUCAGACCUCUUCUUUGCUCAUGAGGCAGGACACCACCAUAUGGACCACAAGAGCUGUCAUGCUGGCUGACAACUGGGCCCUGGUCAGUUCCUUUUAUCUUUUUAACCUGCUGGGAUGUCCCAAGAAGGGCCAUGGUUUCACUCCUGAAACUUCUUUUUUUUUUUUUACAUUUAUUUAAUUUUUGAGAGACAGAGACAGAGCACUAGUCGAGAGGGACAGAGAGAGAGGGAGACACAGAAUCCGAAGCAGGCUCCAGGCUCUGAGCUGUCAGCACAGAGCCCGACGUGGGGCUCAAACCCACAAACCAUGAGAUCAUGACCUGAGCCGAAGUUAGAUGCUCAACUGACUGAGCCACCCAGGCACCCUUUACCCCUGAAACUUCUAACAGGAGGCUCCCUACCUGCCCUGGGCACGUCCUCAUUCUAUCUCCUUCCACCUUUAAUUCAUAUGUAGAAGAGGCCAGGGACACUAGCUCUGAAUAUAGGUGAGGUAGGUGGAUAUGGUGCAGCCAACACUUGUCCCAGGGGCAUGGGGACAGUCACUCUGAAAACGCUUUCCCACAUGGAGCCCCUUUGACCGGGACACUGGCCACAUCUUGCACGCAGGUGCUCCCCCACUGGGCAUGUGCACCCUGACUUAUGGAUUGUUGGCAGGACCAGCCGACACUCCAGCAUCAUGGCCCAGAGGGGCUGUCCCUGCACUGUCAAAUUGCUCCACACAUGUUUGCUGGCCGAGUGUCCAGGCUUCACACUCUGGUUCCAGAAGACUACAUGGCCUGAUGCCAGGGCUGGCCUGCACCCUUCCCUAUGAUCUCUAUGAGCUAGGCCCAGCCCAAGAUGGCAGCAGCAAAGGCAGGUCAACCCACAGCCCUUCAGGGACUACAGACUAUGCCAGGCAGUGGCUCCUGUCCCCUCAGGGCUUUGGCUGGGCUGCAGAUCCAUUUCACGCCAUGCAUAAUUUUAUGUAAGUGCAUAUGCUUAUGUAUGUAUACAAUUCUUGAAGUUGUACAGUCUCCAGCUUCACCAUCCCAUUGGAUUAAUAACUGGAAUUUGAGAAUUUGAUAGCAUGUAGCUUUUGUGAUACUCGACCUGCAUUCUGUGCAUCUGGGUGUUUAGUUUGGGUGUACACAUGGCUCCCUAGACUCAUUGGGCAGGCUCAUCCUUCCGGAGCCCCCAGAGGGCCGUGAACCAUCAGACACCACCCCUCAUGCCUACACUGUGUCCUCCUACCUCUAGUGCCCUCCCCUUCAUGGUCUCAGGUUAGGAGACUGUCAUCAUGAGGAACCAGACACACACUGCCACCCACCAGCACCUCGCAAUGGCAGUGGCCUCAGGAGCCCCAGCUACUUGGGAGACAGGGAUCCCUCUGAGCCAGAUAUGUGGUGCCCCCUCGUGGCCAAACUAGUGAAACUCUCCUAAGUGUGUCACAGAACUCCUUUAUGGAUGUUGAAGCAGGACAGAGCUAGGAAACAUAAACAGAGAGUGUUGCCCUUUGCUGCAUUACCCCACACCAACCUGCUCCCCACCAGUCUGGGGCUCACCCAUGCCAGAAAUUCCUCACUAUGGACAGUCUUCAGAACAUCUACUUCCCUUCUUUCUGUCAAUAUCAGUGCUAACAGUAGAGGAAAAAAAACAUGGACUUGUUCAUACUAAAGUGUUAUUGACUUAGCUUAAGGAUAUGCAUAUCCCUAAUAUGUGAAUUUUAAGAAGAUUUCAGCAUCAGUGUGGUGAUGCUGAAAUCAUCCCCCAGUAGCCUCUAACCCUGCAGACAGGAAGGUGAGAAGAGGAUGUCUGCCUUCUAUCCACCUGAGCCCUGUGACCAAAGCAUACUCUUUGAUAGGCAUCACUGACUCAGUGGCUAUACUUACAGACUUCCGUGUGCUGCCAUUGUUUUACGCCAUGUGCCUUGCCACCUAAUUUCCAUUGAACAUUAAAAAACUGAACUCUAUUAAAGCCAUAAAAAUGGUCAGAUUCCAAGGCAAGCGUGUUGUUCUAAAAGCACCUCUGCAUGUACACACUUUCUCUUUCACAAACAACUCUCUAGAUAUCAAUGUUUCUCAUGUUUCCUUAUGUGCUUCAGUGUAAUCAGCACAUGCUGAGGGAGGCUGAGGUGCCCCUUCACUGACAGUGAUAUGCAGAAUUCAGAGCAAACAUGGUGGCUGGUCCAGGCCACCCAAGGACACUGCCUGGAUCUUUUCUUUCUCCAGGUCUGUGUUGCCACCCCAACCUGGCUCUCAUUUACAUAUUGAGAGUCUGCUUUGAGCUCUUAGGAUGUGAGACUAAGGAGAGAAGCUCCUUCAGGGCCAAGAGAGUACUAAAUGGGGCCUCUGAUGAAGACCCUAUACUGGUCGUGCCUGCCACUGGUGUGGGGUGUGUGGUGGGGAGUCCUCCAUGAGAACUGGGAGUGAACUAUGGAGCAGGAGAGGUGUCUACACAUCCUAGUAGGAGAGCAUAUCGAUAGCCUCAUGAUUAUAAGGGCAGAUUCUUCUGAUUAUCUCAUUAGUUUUGUAUGUAAGGAGCCACGACCUGAAUGUUGUCAUAUCCUGUAAUAGCUCUCUUAAGAUAAGGAAGCCACCUGCUGAGUGAAGCAGUUUUAUCAGGGUGUUUCCCACUGACAGAAUUCAGGGCAUGAGGAGAAGUUGCCCCCAUGGGGGGCUGCUUCAGCUCUGAGACCUCAGCUCGGGUCCUCCCUGCCUGCAAAUGACUUUCUUGGGGAAUAUAUGUGAUGCACACAUGUGCUCGCACGCACACACACACCGCAGGUUUCUUGUGUGGUAUAAAUAAUUUUGUGCCAGAAAAGUUUGAAUACAGUGUUGCCCAGUUUCCAAAUGAAGCUGUGUCUAGGAUACAUGACCUUUGCUUCUAUAAACCCGGUGGGGGGUGAGGAAGCUAAUCUCAGCCUGAUGUAAAAUAAUUACACACUUCUCCCAGGUAAAGAAAGACAAAUGAUGUUGACUCCUGGCUCCUUGGAGUCUUACCAGUCUGGGACGGUCCUGUGAUGGUGAGGAGGUGUGUUGUCGGGAAGGCCCCCCCCCCCCGUCCCCCCACCUCCCUAUUCCUGCAGCACUCUCUCCUGGGAACAGCACACCCUCUCCUGGGAAUAGCACCUUCUGGUCUGCCCCAGGGCCUCCUGGGUCUGUUCUGGGCACUUGCACCAGAUUUGGGGAAAGGAAAGAAAACAAGAGUUGGAAAACCUUUCAGUCUUAGCUUUGUUUUCUUCCUCUAACCAGCUUAACAAGAUUGUUUAAAGUUUCCAAAUAAGAUUAUACUUCCCUCCUCCAACAAGGGCAUUUAGGAGUAUUAACCCACUGGAUU